CCCUGUCAGUGACUUCCUGCAAGUGCAGCGAUCAGGGAGAGAACCCGGGCGAGGGGAUGUGAGGUACCUCGAGCGGGGGAGGCUGUCGCGAGCGGGGCAGUGGACAUACCACACGCAAGGUAUUUAGGGGUUGUGUGUGUGUAUGAGUUCAGCGUGAUGUAAACAUGCGGGAGCCACGUGUCCUGGGAUGCUCCCCCCCCCCCUGUGCUCACCAUGGUAUGUGCUGCAGGAUACAGACAGGGCAAUGAUUGCCCCAUGUAGAGACACUGGGAGAGCACAUCCUGCUAACUACUGGGCAUCAAUGCCAGCUCCCACUGCUGGGCUGAUAAUGGGGUAUUUGGAAAUUAAUUAAAACUUGCCUACUUCUGGUUUCUUAAAACCUAAACUCUAAUAUAUUAAUACAUUUAUUAGUCAGCCUGCAAAUAAAAGUUUUGUUUAUUUAUAAAAAAAAAUAAUAAAAAAUAAAAUAAAAAUAUAUAUAUAUAAAUUAAUUUUACAUUGCAGAGCUUGAGAAGUUCAAAACUGGUGUGAAUGUCUGUAUGAAUUUAAUUUAAAUAUUUUUAAUUGGGAAAAUAAAAUGUCUGACUUGUUUCCAUGACUAGGAAUUGUCAUGAUGAUGAUAAUGGUUGAUUUUUAUUUUAUUAUUACCAUGUCAGAAUCAUGUGAAUAUUGUAAACAGUCUCCAUGUAGAAUGUACAUGACUUGUUUUAAAAAGGUUAAAGGGAUAUGCCACGAAGAAUUAAUUAAUAAUUUUAUUUAAAUGCAUCAUAUAGAAAAUAUAAUUUAAACAAAAAAUACAAUAUAAAUCUUGUGAAUGUCUUCUAAUUUUUUUCAUGUUUUCCCCAGACUGUCAACCAGGAACAUUACUCAAAAAUCUUUACGUUAAUCCAUGAUCUCCCACUUCCAUAAACUUUAAAAUUGUGGCGAAUUGCAAGGGAAUUGCAACAUUUAGGUUAAAAAGGUGGGAUGUAAAAAUAAUAGAGAUUUAUUAAUUAUUUUGGACUAACAUUUGCUAUUCCUUUGCAUUCUCCACAGUGUUCCAGGUUAGUGGAUAACCCUGACUGAGCAUGUGCUUGUGUUCACUUACAUACUUGGUAAGUCCACAUUCAAGACAGUGGAGGCUACUAACAUACAAAAAUGCAGGCAUUGUAGAUUGCCCAAAAAUGACGGGAGCUUAAGUGAAUGGAUGAUAGGGGCAUAUUCUAUUGCAUUAAUACCUCCAAGUGUAGAAGUGCCAUGAGUAUCCUGGUUAAAGUAUGUGGCAAGUAAGACUGAGACAGGGGAAAUUUUUUUCCCCUUCCAAAUAGUUUUACACAUUGUACACCCAAACCUGCACUAUCCUACACUUAUCACUGUAGAUAAUAUUUAGAAUCAUGACAAUAAAGACAUGCUUUGACAGAUAUACGCUACAAUAAUAUAUUCAUAGCAUAUGUAUACAGUGAAUACAAAAUUACUUUUACUAAUAUAAUUCAAACAAAUAAAACAUUUAUUGCAACUGAAUAUAUUAUAAUAAAAUAACACUUAGCUUAUAAAUACAGAGAGUUGAAAAGCUGUACAACGCAAAAUUCCUCCUUUGAUGUCACGGAACCUGGUCUUAUUCUGCAAAUCAGUUAUAAGCCAGUGAGACAGUACUUUUGGUGCUUUCUCUAUACAUAUUCUCUAUCUAUGGUGCUUAGAGUUGCUCUUUAAAGGGACACUAUAGUCACCCAGACCACUUCAGCUCAAUGAAGUGGUCUUGGUGCCAGGUCCCCCAGGUUUUAACCCUUCAGAUGUAAACAUAGCAGUUUCAGAGAAACUGGUAUGUUUACAUUGCAUGGUUAAUCCAACCUCUAGUGGCUGUCUUUCUGACAGCAGCUAGAGGGGCUUCUGCAACGCUGGAUGCGAAAUUCACAUUUAGCGUGCAGAACGUCCAUAGGAAAGCAUUGAGAAAUGCUCGGGAGCCGACGUUGGAGGGGGAGGAGAGGUCAUCAGCGCCGAGGGAGCCCGGUGCUGGAUUAAGGUAAAUAACUGAAGGGGUUUUAACCCAUUCAGCGCUGAGGGUAGGGGGCUCCUAAGGAUGCUAUGGUGUCAGGAAAACGAGUUUGUUUUCCUGACACUAUAGUGAUCCUUUAAAGUAUUUUAAUCAUUGAGAUAGUAUUGUUUUUCAAAUUAUGUAUAUUGAUUUAUUUUUGUUGAGAAAAUCCAGCUUUAUAUCACACUCUACUGUUAUGUGACCAAUUGUCUGCUGCAGUGAUUGUUUUAUAUGAAUCUGCAGCACAAGGCAAGUUAGGUUGGACAGCUGUAAAAAAGUGAAUUUGUCUCAGAAAAACAAAAAAUUAUUGUACAUCAUUUUUAAAAAGUAAUUGAGUUUCAUUAGAUAUAAUAAACUUUUUUUUUUUAAAUCAGAAGUGAAAAUUUUACGACAGUUAUCCUUUGAGGGUUUAUUUACUAAACAGAGAAUUCAAAGAAUUCAAAAGUAAUUUUGCUAUUUAAGGUCAAAAUAGAUAAACUGGAAAAAAUUCUCUAAGCCAGCUUUAAGUUGAGUUCACCUAUAGCGGCCUUAAAUUCGAAAUUCACAUUGAAUUAACUUUGAAUUCUUACUUUAGCAAACAAUCAUUUUAGUGUGCAUAGUUACAAAAUAGGUGAUCAGUAUAUGGCUAUUUCCACGCGAGAAAGUGCAAAUAGGUACAUGCAUGCAGCUCCCCCUGCUUUCACUUUAAAAAUUCAUACAUCUACUUAAAAUUCUUAGUAAAGUAAAACCACUCAAUGUAUUUAAUCUUUGAAAUGGUGCAAGAAUCAUAUCAACGUCACAUUCAAAAAUACAGGAUGUAAAACAGGCAGAUAACUGUAAUUUUAUCUUAAAUUUUUCAGAAAAUAUUGAAUCCUAUUUACAUCAUGACACAAAUUGUAAUUUUCUUUUUCAUAACACCUUCACAUACAGUACACAUGUAAUACCAGAUAUUGCACAAUUUUGGGUAAACUUGCUUCUGCUGUCAAAUGUUACCUUAAAUGAUAGGUGUAGGUUAGUAACAUACCUGGGAGGAAACACCAUAUGACAGAUUAUUAGGUUGGCUGACCUCAUUAAUCACUUUAAAAAUGUUGCUGUUACACCAGUCAAGCUUUUGAGCUUUACGAGUCAGAGCACUCUGAUCGGAUCAAAUCAGAGUGCUCUGAGUCAAAUUGCACUGUGUGGGAAAAUUUUAUAGGGCUUUCCCCGCCCUGCAAACUCAGUUUUUUUUCAAUGCAAUGUUUUACUUUUUAAAAAAAAAUUAAAAUAUAUUUAUAGUUCGAUGCAAUCUUGUGGAUUUUUUAUUUGUUUCUUUUAUUAAGGUAUGGUGGGUAGGUAGGGUAUUUUUUAUGGGGUGGGUCUUUCGGACCCCUAGUCCUUGGAGGGGGAGUUGUGACUAGGGAUUGGGGGGGAGUAUUAUUAGCGAUUUGCGGCAGGUAGGACAGUGGUCCACCCCCAGUUUUAUUAUUUAUGGAACCCAUCCCCAGCCUUAGUUUAUUAGUUCCCACUCGCAGGGCACUGUGCCAGGUCCCCCUUUAUUGGAUUAACGACUGCCCAGUCGCAUGUUUUUGUUUUUUUAUAACAGCAUGCAGCCACCGUAUAGUAGACAUUCCUCUAUGUGCAGCGGGGCAGGAGGAAGGAUUUAACCUCCCUUAUACUAAUAUGGGGGUCAUAUUAAUCCCCCAUAGGAUGAGUAGGGAAUUGGGAUUGGGCUUCUAUUUUUAAAUAGCACAAGGAGGGAGCCGCGAGCAGGUAGCUCCCUCCUUGUAACUCGAACGAAUUGUGCCAACAAAAUUUUGUCCAGUGAGUAAUUUGUUUAGGCGAAUGGACAAAUAGCCCAAGUCUACUAUCAGUAGAAAUGACACAUGAAGGUCUCUCAAAACCAUUGAGGAACGACAUGAGAGAUGAGCAUUGCGAGAGAAUUUUCUGUGUCAAAGGAAAUGGAGGUUUUUGUCACAUUUGUCAAGUGUUGGAAUAUUACGUAAGACAAAGUAGGGACUUUGUCUUAUGUUUUAAAGAGAAAUAGAUUAGAAAUUAGUAAAAUAAGAACAGAUUGAGACAGAGGAAGCAAUAGGAGGAAGGCAAGUUUUAGGUGACAGUCACUUUAAUGGUGCUGCACUCAUAAGAGUGCAACAUAAAUUCACCAGCUUGGUAAAAAAAUCUUUAUUGUAAAUUGAUUAAACCUUUUUAGUGUUCUUGGACUUACUCACUGAUUAUCUAUAAUUGAGCCCAGCAGGUGGCAGGCAUAAAGUGAUGGCUGCCUUUUACUUUUUUGGGUUUUUUUUGUAAUGGAAUAAUUGUUACAAUCCGUCCUAACUUUAAAUACCCCUAGUACUAGUUAAAAGCAUAGUAUAUAGAAUGAUAGAAAUUGUUUCUCUGUAAUCAGCAGGGGAAACAUAUCACAUGAAUUAUUCCAUUGAAGAAAGGUCUUGAUUACUUUACUUUCUAGAGUAAAUUUAAAUGUUUUUAAAUAACUUUUUACUGAGUCUUAAUCUGUGGCUUGUUCUAACCACUGUAAAACCCUGUUUAGUAAUAUUUUUUCCAACAUAUUAACUUGCUGUUUUUUCUUUCUGCUUUUUCCUUUUCCAUUCUUGAGUUUGGAUCAGUUUCAUAAUGUUGUUUUGAGAUGAGUCCUUCAUAUAUGGUUAAGAGUUUAGUAAUUAUUCUUUAUUUACAGUGAUUUGUCCACCACAAGCUCUAAAGGCAAGAGAGAGCCAUUAUGACCACAGAAACCUUUGUGAAAGAUGUGAAACCUGGACUGAAAAACCUGAAUGUUAUAUUUAUUGUCCUCGAAACAGGUGGGUUAACACUUUCAUAUCUGAAAGAAAAAAACACUCUGCAGUCAAUAUGUAAAUGUUUGCAUUGCACAAACCGUAAUGUACUCAAGAAAAUGUUAUUUAGGUGGUACAUUAUUUCAGAACAGCUGACUCAUAUGUAUGCUUCUACUCUAUGCCAAUUUAGCUGUAGGAAUUGUGGGUUAACUGUUUCCUUAAUACAUGUAUGGUAGGCUUGUCCUUUGCUUACAUAUUUUUGCAAGGCAGUUAUUCUUAGUCUUCCAAUUGAGAGUAUUAAAUUUGCCAUUUCACUGGGUACUCAACACUUUACUCAGCAAAAUCCAUCUGACUUAUCUUGCUGGCAGUGUUUCUUUUUUUGUCAAACUGUUUUUAUUGAGAUAGUUAAAAGAGCAUUAUAGAAUAAAAAAUAUAGGAGUUAAAUCAGAUGAACUUAGGUGAGGCAUGUAAUAAUAAUGCAUUAUUAAACAAAGUCCAUCGUAAGUUAGACAAAACAAUCAAAUUAGUAAAACUCAACAAAUGAAGGCUCAUCGUACCUGUCCAGCCAGAAAUACAGAGGAGCAACUGGACAAGAUUAAUAACUGUAGAAGUGUUAAGUUUUUUUUCACGAGUGAGAACCACUGGAACCCAAGACAUCACUGCAGCCGACACACCGUAAAAUUAGAAUAAAAGGUUGAAACAACACAUGUAAACAUAAAUAAGAUAGCCUCUACAAAUGUAAUGUCAGGCUGUACAGCAGCCUAUGUAGGUAGGUAAGUCCACUAUCCGCUGAUCCGUGCCACUGGGCAGUGCAUGGGACCUGCAGGGUGAGAUCUAAUAAUAAGCAAUAAUUAUGUAUUUACGUUAUUUCCCUGUAGAGGUACUUUUACAAAAUAACAAAUAAAAGUUCUGUCAGCCAGCAAAGUUCAGUGAAACUGUACACUGGGUUACACACGGGUGUGUGCGCACGCGCUCCUUUAAGACCCUGAAAACAUGUGAAAAUACAAAGCACGAGUUGCAUUGAAUGCUCGUUCGGUCACCUUUAAUUGAAAAUAAUCUUGUGCUUCAAAAAUUUUGCGCAAAUUGAAAAUAAAUACCAAACACACUGACUCGAGGAGUUGAAGAGACAGGGAAAAUAGAAACAGAGGCUACUCUAUGAGAAGCCUCUGAUUGGUCAAUUCACCGUGAAGUGAUAAGUCACAUCCUGUGAAAAGGGGGAGGGCUCAAAAAGGCUACAGUCAUAAGAACUGCAGCGUUUAUAAGCUGUUUUAUGACUAUACCCCCAAUGAUAACUAAAAAUGCAUGCCUCCAACGAUAACUAAAAAUGCAUGCAUUUAUUCAUUAGGGGUAUAUCUCCUAAACUGGGGGGGUGCUUAAUUAUUUUUUUUAUAUUUUUUUUGGUCCUUUAACAGCAGUGAUGUAGGUCGAAUCCCCCAGGCCUCUUUGUAGGCCAGCAUCUUCAAUCCAUCUUAAAUAUAAACCUAAUAUGUAUUCUAAUCCCAAUCCUAAAGAAACACUAUCGGGUCAAGAAUAUAAAUGUGUAUUCCUGACCCUAUAGUGUCAAAAACAGUGUUUAGGUGACCUGCCCCCACUUACCCCCUUAAAAAGCUGUACAGCGUGGGUGUGUAGUUUCUGGCUCCGCCCCCGCCUCGCCUCCUUGGCUGAGAUCAUCUCAAUCUCAGCCUAUGGGAAAGCAUUGGAUUGGCUGAGAUUGUCCAUUCUGAUGAUCUCAGCCAAGGAGGUGGACAGUCCGAUUUCAUUGUGGAUUAACAACCAUUUAUUUGUCUUAUUUAUUUUUUUGAGAAGCGGCAUUUAAAGACAUCUACUGUUUUGAAAAAAUAGCAUCUCUAGACAGGCAACUUUAAUCUUUAUUUUGCUCUGUUGUAGAUUAGAUUAGAUAAAGAUUUCUUAUGUGCCGUUGUAGUUUGUACAGUCCUGGUAAAUGGUUACUCCAAGCAUCAUGACUUAUUUUGGUGUUUUGAAUUGGUUAUAUUGCAAGGGACCGGUAUGUACAGAGUUUCAGUAUGGAACAUGGUACAUACUGAGAUAGUUAAUGUUGCUGCUGCAGGUGUAACUCCACUUUGGCAGCUCUCAUCAAAACCCAGAAAAUGUGUUUCCUUCUUGCUGAUGUUUCUCUGCUCAGCCAGUGAAUGAACUGCAGUAUCGGUUUACAGCUUCUUCACCUGUACAGAAGCUGGAUGCAGCUGAGCAGCUAUUGUUUAAUUCUCAGUGCCCAGUAGGGGUAUUUAUGGCACCCUAGCCACUACAGUAUGAUGUAGUGGUUAUAAUGCUUCGAGUAACACUUUAGGGAACAAAUCUACAUAAUACAUUACAAUAAUUUUAUUGAUCUUUUCCAUAUUUGCCAUGAUGUUUCCAGGCCGAGUAACAAAGACUAAGGAUGGACAUGAAGUAAGAACUUGUAAGGUGGCUGACAAGACUGGCAGCAUCAACAUUUCUGUCUGGGAUGAUGUAGGGAACCUGAUACAACCUGGAGACAUCAUCAGGCUUACUAAGGGGUGAGGUCCCACUUGUAUAAUAGCUGUCACUUUAAUUUGUUACUUUUUUUUUUUUACAAUUCUAUUUAUUACUUUUGUGUAUAUUUGUGUCUGUAGAAUAUGUAUAAAAAAAACAUAUUGUACUUAUUUUGUUCGUCCACAUCAUUUUACAUAUUUGUGAUGUACCUCAGUUAUUUAUUGGCAGGGUUUGGGGGUUUUUCAUUUCCUUACCAAUUAUAGAGUUUCUCAAAUCUCAAAAAUGUUCUCUUGGAUUGACAAUCCAGGUAACAUCUGUUUGGUGGACAUCCAACAUGCCCAACUGGUGAGUAAUCUACUCCCUGCUCUCUUCUGGUUACCUCUCAAUUAAAAUGGAUUGCAUAACUACUCUGGGUAUCUCCUGCCAUCCACAGAUUACAUCAAUACUUUUCAUUUUACACACUCUUUGCAUAUGGUCCUAUUACACUAUCUGGGGUGACUAUCUUUAAGCUAGUGUUUUAUCCAAGAACUCAAUUUUUUGUCUAAACCAACUGAUUUCAGUUUUACUAGUAACCUUUUGUGAGGAACUGUAUGAAAUGCUUCAGCACAUGGGUGAAUACCAUCUACCCCUGGGGCUCUGUUUAGAUUAAGUUAAUUUAAUUUCUAAAGUACUUUAUCCUUUGUUAACCAAUCGCCUGUUUGUGGCAAGGUUUUUGUAACCGGUAUCUGCGAGUCUACAGCCAUAGAUUCUUCUUCCCUAUACAAUAAUAAAAAUAAAUUAUUUAUUUAGAAUGUCUGUUUUGUCCUGAUCUUCCUUGAUUAACUCAUCUUACUUUCUAAUGGACCAACACUUUCACUCUUAACCUUUUUGGCAUCAACAGACUAAAAAAAAACAAAAACAAAAAAAAGUUUUUUCGGGUUGGUCUUGUUCUCUUUGGCUAAAUUUAAAAAUGAAAAGCUCAUAGCCAAUCUAAUCACCAUUUUGGAAGUCCUUUUGCUAAGCUUAUAUUUGUUAUAAGAUCAAUUCACCCCCUAUGGUUUAAAUACUUUAAAUGCUCUUGUACUAUCUUUUAUAAUAUUACUGACAGUUUAAAUUUAGGGUUAUUUGCAAAGUACAUAUCCUCCUACGAUGGAUAGUAGAACUGACGGAGCUGUUAUACAGUGUGCAUCACUCGGAGCUUCCCCUGUUCUUCCUGCAAGGCAUUUCCUGUGUGAGAUGAGAAGUGGGCAAAUGGAAAAAUAUUCAUUCCACUUUCUCUCCAGAUUCAUACACAGACGCCUGAGGAGCUGGGAAAGCACUGUGUUAUACAUCCUCUAUAACUGUUCCUGCAGCUCUGCUAGAAAUCACAGUUGGCUGAAUGGACUUAAGAUAACACUAGCCAAGGCUUCUGUUAAUUAUCUCCACUCACCAGCUACCUGAGCUCCAAAAUAUGCAUUACAAGUGCUGUAAAUAGACUCCCCUUAUAGGACAGGUGCCUACUCUGUCUAAUAAGAAAUACGGCCCUGGAAGUCAUACAGCCCUUAUGUACUCCCAGGAGUGGGACAAAAAGGAUUCCCACCAGACACUAUCAUAGUUACUGCCUGGUGAGUGGGAAACCGGGGCAGAGGGCCUUAAAGUUCCUUAACUCUUUACCUAUUCUCAAAACAUGCUGCUUUCUAACCCCCUGGUUUAACCCCACUCUGGAUGGCCUUAGGUAUCAGCUGUAGCCAUUUUUGUUCUAUGAACAACACUGAGUGCACUGAAAAGUCCAUGGCAUACUCAGGGCAGAAUUUGAACUCAUUGACUAGCAGGUAAGUGGACAUUUUGAAUCUUUGUGAUAACAUUUAGUCUUUGGAAAAUAAAAAAACAACAAACUCAUUAUGUAUUGUAUUUGAGAUGUGCAUAUUCAGACCUGUAUUUUGUUCUUUCUGUAGGUAUGCUUCUGUAUUCAAGGGCUGCUUGACUCUAUACACAGGGCGAGGAGGUGACCUGCAGAAGAUUGGAGAGUAAGCUCUAAACUAAAAUAUAUGCAGUUGCAAAUUCUAGACUAGCUCUAGAACCUAUUAGAAAUGCACUUUAACCCCAAGCACAGAAAUCAAUAGUUUCAAUAAUUUUUAGAUAUUUUUAAUUAUACCUGGUUUCUUUUCUUUUUUUUUUUUUUAAUCUUUAUUUUUUUAUAGUGCACAGCUAGGCACUUUUCACUGCAGUCUUUACUUCUCUUCAGUAAAUUUGAGUGAUUGCAAUUACCACAGUCUCAGCAGAGAGAAGUGAAGACUAGACAUGUGCACAAAUCCCUUACAGCUAUGUUGAACAAAUCAAAAGCAUGCCAGUCUAUGCAGGAAUUAUUCAAUUAGUUUGGUAUGUUGCAAACGAAUAGGUAUAUUUGUACACUGAUUGAGAGGCAUUUGAUUAGUUCAUCACAUUUGAAAUGGAUUCUUUUUCUAGUAAAGACCACUGUAUGGUUUGUGAAAAAGCAACAGCCUUAUAGAUUUGUGUGUGAUUUUGAGUUAAAUAAUGGUUGAUUCUGACCUGAGGUCACUCAAAAUGGCUGCACAAGUAUGGAGAGUGUAACCGAUGAAAAUAAUAAAACAAAUAGCAGUAUAUAUGAUUAAAGGGACACUAUAGUCACCAGAACAACUACAGCUUAAUGCAGUUGUUCUGAUGAGUAUACUCAUUAUAUGCAGGACUUUCCAUGCAAACACUGUCUUUUCAGAGAAAAGGCAGUGUUUACAUCCCUCUAGGGACACCUCCAAGUGGCCACUCCUCAGAUGGCCACUGGAAGUGCUUCCUAGGGCAGUGCUGUACAGUAGGCAGCACUGCCGUUCAGUGUCCCCACACUCUGCAUGGCGAUGCUGAAUUUUCGUCAAUGAUUCAAUGCAUCUCUAUGAGGAGGUGUUGAUUGGACAAAAUGGUGUUUGGCCCCGCCUCCUUGCCAAUUUUAGCCAAUCCAAUGCUUUCCCAUAGCAUUGGAUUGACUAGAAAUCGACAAUUCUGAUGUCACCAAGGAGGCGGAUCGGGGACAGGGCAGGCGGACCCGGGCGGCACUAGAAAUAAGGUGAGUUUGAAUUCCUUUUAAGGGGGCUAUGGGGGGCAAGCCAGGUAAAUGUGGGAUUAAACACUAUAGGGUCAGGAAUAUGUGUUUGUGUUCCUGACCCUAUAGUGUUCCUUUAAACAAAAAUGAAAACAAAAAUGAAAUAGGCGUAAAGGCAUCAAAUCUUAAAGGAACACUAUAGUCACCUAAAUUACUUUAGCUAAAUAAAGCAGUUUUAGUGUAUAGAUCAUUCCCCUGCAAUUUCACUGCUCAAUUCGCUGUCAUUUAGGAGUUAAAUCACUUUGUUUCUGUUUAUGCAGCACUAGCCACACCUCCUCUGGCUAUGAUUGACAGAGCCUGCAUGAAAAAAAAAAAACUGGUUUCACUGUCAAACAGAUGUAAUUUACCUUAAAUAAUUGUAUCUCAAUCUCUAAAUUGAACUUUAAUCACAUACAGGAGGCUCUUGCAGGGUCUAGCAAGCUAUUAACAUAGCAGGGGAUAAGAAAAUCUUAAUUAAACAGAACUUGCAAUAAAGAAAGCCUAAAUAGGGCUCUCUUUACAGGAAGUGUUUAUGGAAGGCUGUGCAAGUCACAUGCAGGGAGGUGUGACUAGGGUUUAUAAACAAAGGGAUUUAACUCCUAAAUGGCAGAGGAUUGAGCAGUGAGGCUGCAGGGGCAUGUUCUAUACACCAAAACUGCUUCAUUAAGCUUAAGUUGUUUAGGUGACUAUAGUGUCCCUUUAAAUAAAGAAAAAUAUACCAUGACUGUUUUCCUUUAACGUUGUAUAUAUUGUAAUACACACAAUUUUGCUUAGUUUAAAAGAAAUAUAUUCCAUCUGUACAGUAAGAAAUGCAUAGGUUUGAUUAAGACUUUUUUUUUUUUUAAGUAGGCCCCUCCCCCACCUUUCAGUCAAUUCUUAGGCAUAGAGUCAGCAUAGACCUCAGUGCUGAAUAACCGAUUGGUAUAUCACAUACGUCAUGGGAAAAGAACGUACACCAUCUUUGAAUUCUAUUAGCAGGUCUUAAAAUUAGGUAAAUACAAGCUCGGAUGAACACUAUGAUUUAUUUAAUAAAAAAAAAAAGCCAAAAUGGAGUUCCUAUGAUUCAAUUGUUUGUAAAGCCACCUGUGUCAGCAAUAACUUGAGGUAAUCAUUUUCUUUAUGACUAUCAUUCUCUCACAUCGUUGUGGAGGCAUUUUGGCCCAAAUGAUAACAAUCCCAAAUGAUAAAAACUCUAUAAAGUGCUAAAUGCCAGUCUUUAUAAAGUGCUAAAUGCCAGUCUUUUUUUUAUAGAGUUUUUAUCAUUUUGGAUUGUACAGUAUUACCAGUGUCUGCUUAUCAGCUGUUGUUCCAUCUUCUGUGUCCCACUUAAGUGGAUAUAUGCCUGCAGAUUGCGACCUGAGUGUAAGUGCAAUCAGUAAAAUAAAUUUUGGUACAUUUUAACAGUACUACUGUACUGCAUAUUCUCUUUGAUAUCUCUGAGAUCCACAGACUUAAGAAGAAUUUUGCUGCUGUAUUCUGAUACCCCCAAGGGGAGAUAGGCGCAGAUCAUCUUUAUGUCUUGUAAGUUCUCUACCUCCUGGAGAUCUCUAUCCACUGUUUUAACGUACUUCACCAUAUUUGUAUUAUCUUUUACUCUCUAGACCUUUUGAGGUUGUGCCCUGGUGUACAGGUUGUAUCUCCAUAUCCUCUGUAUUAUAUGUGCUAUCCCAUUUUUUUAGCUUGUGCCGCUUUUUAGUGACAUCGGCUAAUUGGUUUUCUAUUAUUUACAAUGUUGCUUCAGACCUCUUAAAAGUCUUGUGGUUUGUUCAGAUGCAACUUUGCAAAACUAAUCCGUGCUGCCAUGUUCUUUUUAGAGAGAGGAUGCUUUCUCUUGGCAACACUUCCAAAUAAACCAUACUUGUUCAGUCUUUUUCUAGUUGUACUGUCGAACAUUAAAGGAACACUUUAGGGUCAGGAACACCAUCUGAGGAGUGGCCACUUGGAGGUGUCCCUAUGGGCAAUGUAAACACUGCAUUUUCUCUGAAAAUGCCUGAAGGCAAUGAUUUUACUCACCAGAACAAGCUACAUUAAGCUGUAGUUGUUCUGGUGACUAUAGUCCAUUUAACAUAGUAACUGAGGCCUGCAGAGUCAAAGAUGUAACUCUUGUAUGUUUUGCAAUUUCUCUGAUCAUUUCAUGGUCUAUUCUUGGGGUGAAUUUUUUUUUUUUUUUCUUGUGCAUAUGAUGACAACAGCAUCUACAAGCAUUUUUUUUAUGGCAUUUCACAUUGUGGCAGUUUAGUCGGCACAUUUUUAUGUAAUCUGAAGUUUACAGACUAGUGGACAUCGCUUAUAUAAUAUAACAUGUUAGGGUAUAUAAUGCCUAUAACAGUGCUAGUCGCGCUUAAGAUUAUAAAUGUGUAGCUUGUAUGUAGUGCGGCAUGUAUGUCUUAGAAGCAUAGUGAUGAGAUUAACCGAUUAUUGAGCCAGCAGAGGUAGCAUUAUACCAGGUAAGGCAGGCUAGUGUUUAAUAACAUAUUGGCAGUCUUGACAGCAUAACAAAAGGGAGGAGCAAUUUCAGCAUGCAAGAUAGGUAAGCAAUGUCCAAUUUUUUAUUUUAUUUUUUGGUUCAAGCUUAAUUAAAUUAAAGCAAAUACAGGCGUGUGGGUAAAUGUUAUGAAAGACAAAGCCACAACAGCUUAAGGAAACAUAAGAUAUAACUAUUGUGGCAUAUGCUAAUUCUGCACAUUUGAGAAUAUGAAUAACCAGACUAGUCAGGUAUGUCCACCUAAAGAUUAAGCUAUCAUUGUGUACACAAUUAGUACAUGUUGGACACAGCUGCUUAUAAGAGUAUGUUAAGUAAACAUAUAGCGUGGGUUAAUUAACUUUGGGUUAUGUCUAGAGAGAUUCAGCCAAUACCCAGCGGGUGCUGGAUACUGUCCGGGUAUAAGCGAUGGGUCAUCCGGUCUAGUGAGUUAAGUCCCUGUGAGUGAGUACCUUGGUGGCAUGUCAGAAGUAUGGGGGCAUGUGUUCUUCCGUUAUAUGUUGCUGCCUGGCUGAGGGUUCUUCUGUCUGGUUUGUAAGUGCUGGGUCCUCUUACAGGUUUUGUGUAGACCUGGUCGGGGAUCCCUCUGCUUGGUGUGGACCCAGGCUGUUUCUUUUACUGUGUGGUCGAGCCGUCGCUGCCGCCAUGUUAGUUCUCGUGCUUCGCCACCUACUCGAUCGGCCAAGGUGGGCUGUGCCCCUCCGGGGUCUGUGCUGGGUCCUAGCGAGCGGGUGAAGUAGCUUUUGGCAUUUGCUCUCAUUUCGCCCCUGGAUCGUGGUAGUUUGAGUCGGGCUUCGUUUGCUGUUGGUGGGAUUCCAUGCUGGUUUUGUGGCGGCCUGUCUCCGGUGCCUGUUUGUCUUGGGAGAGAGGUCUGGGGGGAUAGUUAGGUCCUGUGUUGUGCCGUCGGGUGGGGAUUCCAGUACCGGCGGCCACAUAAGUGUCUCUAGCUUCUCCCAGAAGGCGCAGAAGAUACCAUUGAGUCGGCGCUCCGUUUCCUCUCUGGUGCUGCACCUGGCCGCGGUGUAUAAGUUGUCCGCCAUUUUGCAGGCUUUUUUAUUGUCUGCCUGUCUUUGUGGUUGCUUCGCUUGAGUACACCUUGUCAGGCAGAUUGUGUGUGGGUCAUCCGGGAUAACUCCCACUGGGCCAAGUGGGGGGAACAAGGGCUCCGAUUCAAGUCUCCGACCUUUCUUGGCAGCAGGAGACCGGCAGUCUCUCCCGUGUUCGCCACGAUGGUAGGCCUCGCCAGGGUGUCGGGUGCGUACCGGCUGGAACGUCGCUUGUUGGGAAUCAUUUUGUGCACCCCUUGUUAUUUGUUUAUUUUCGGUUUUCGUUUACCGGAGCUAGUGCGGCUCGCUUCCUUGUAAUUCUGCGAUCAAGCCCCGCCCCCCUUGGGGUGAAUUUAAUGGGAAGUCUACUCCUGGGAAGAUUGGAACUCGACUUGAAUGUUGUCCACUUUUGAAUACUCUUUCUCAGUGUAGAAUGAUGGACUUUUUUUGGAAAUGACCUAAUAAGCCUUCCCAUUUUGAUGGGCAGCAACAAUUUCUUCUCUAAUAUCAUUGCUAAUGCCUUUCUUCCUUGGCAUUGUGUUAACAAACAUCUAAAUGCUCCAGUCUAGCAAACUGCUAAAACUUUGGCUUUUAUAGAGGUGGUCACACUUGCUGAUGAUUAUUUAAUCAACGGCAUUUGAUUAGCACCACCUGUCUGCUACAUAGCCUCUUAAUUUCUAUGGAAGCAGUAAGGGUGUACUUAAUUUUUCGCACAUGGCUUCUCCGUUUUUACUUUAUUUUUGUUUAACCAUGGGACCGUGUAAUAUGUCAUGUCUUGUUGGUAUUAUUAUUGGUAUUUUUGUGCUGCUGUUAUUUACCUAAUUUUAAAACUUGCUAAGGAAUAGAUGAUUGUUAUUAUGUUCUGAUAUGUAAAAUCAAAAAAUUCAAAGAGGGUGUACUUUCUUUUUCCCAUGAAUGUAGGUGAUCCGAUUCCUCCUGCUUGUUAGCAGAGCAACCAGAGAAUGUGAUAUAAUAUGGUUAUGGCAGUGGAGUGUAAUAACACGAGUGAAUGAUGUAUUUUCAUACUGAUGCCAGAGUGCUGGAAAUGAAGCCAGCAUGUUUACAUUAUGAAGAAGGAUCACUCUACUUUUAUAAAAUUUGUUCUGUUCACAGAGCUGGUAGAGCAUAGGAGGGCAGAAGGUGGUUGUUAUAUUAGUGUAACAGUUUGUUCCUCCUCAUGGUUUGGGGGUGAUGUUAAAAAUAACUUGUCAUAACCGGUUCAGUUAAAGGCACAUACUUGUGUGCAGAAUAAUGCUCUGCUCUUGGUACACUUUACCAUGAAUCAAUGUUAAUUUUAAAAAAAUAUAAACACUGUUUUGACUCCAGGUUCUGCAUGGUGUAUUCUGAGAUGCCCAACUUUAGCGAACCAAACCCUGACUAUGUGGCCCAGCAAUCUCAAAGCAAACAGGUGUGUGGGAUGUGUUUAAUUAAUACGUGAGAUGGGCAGUAGUGCAAUUUCUAUGGUUUACAUAGUGUUCUGUGGUUUCAGGUCCAGGCAGAGAAUGUGACAGGAACAGCAAAUCACAGCUCAUCCAGCAGCCCAGCUCCACCAGGUAAAAUAAAAAGAACUAAUGCACUUUCUAUCUCACAUUUUGUGUGAACUUUGGUUUGUUCAAGCGGAUUUGGAGUCUGAUCUGUAUUGGUGCAUCAGUGUGCUGAAGUAUCUGUGUAUGGGGAAACAGAAAAAAGAAAAUGAAAUUGUUCUUCUUUACUUUAACAUAACCAUCAAAUGCAUUUCUUUACUUGAAAAUAAUAUUUAUAUAGUGCAGAUGGAUAAAUCCAGUUUAGAUAAUAUAAUCAACACUACCCCAAGGCAAUGUUCCUUACAAUGAGAGAGCAGUUUGUAGUGCCACUCAACACUAUAGCGCUUCGGGAGAAUCAGAUCCAUAGUGUGCAUUGGAUCCCAACUCCCAUAAUCGCCAGUUGGUUUAUGCAGGUAAAACUAUUUGUGGCACAUAUGCAGAGAAUGUUCCAAUAAAACAGGGCAAUAUUAAAAGUACAAAUCUUGGAAUUUCAUGGUCAGUAGAAUUGCCGGGUCCUAGUAGCAAUAUUUCAAAUGCCACUGUAUUGCCCACUUGCUUCCUGGUUCAUACUGGUCCAGCAUGCUGUCGCCACACACAUCACGUUUCGCUCCAAACCCUGAAGCUUUUUCAAGCAUCCACGUCACUCGUCCGCCCUUUAUCCCAUUUAUACAUUGUCUCAGUUUCAUAAAUUGGUGCUUAACGUAACAAUGUUCAUUUAUGUUGUCCAUUAAAUUUUAAUUCAAUUUGUUCUAUUCAGUGGAUAACUAAAUUAUGCUACUAAAAGGAUACAAAAUAUACACGUAAGCAUUCAUUAUAAGAUAUCCAAACUAUUAUAAUUUCUUAUAACAGGAACAAAUUAUGUUGAGGCACCAUCUCCAUUUUUUACUCUGAAGCCUAAUGUCAGGUUAGUUGCUAGUAACUAUCUAGCCUCUGGACGCAUGUCAAAUUAGUUACCAGUAUGCUCUCACCAGCCCUCUAGUACACUAAAGGGGUAAGACACAUAGAGGGGAGGGGGGAAUAAGAUACAUGGGGGGGCUGGUACACACACAAAGAAACAGAGAAGCUGAUGGAGACAGAGGCAUGAUGCUGGGGGGAAGAGACCCAGAGUGGCUGGGAACGGAAGAAAGAAACACGGACUGGGGGAUGAAGAGAAACAGAGGGGCUGGGAAACAGCGCAAAGGAGACAGGCAGGGGCUGGGGAAGGGGUAAAACAGACGUGGGGGAGGGGGGGAAAUCAGAAGGGCUGGGGGGGGCACAAAGACACACAGAGGGGAUGUGAAAGGGGAAUAAAGAGAUACACAAAAGGGGCUGAGGGGGAAAAAAGCACACAGGGAUUGGGGAAGGGAAAAAAGAGACACAAAGGGGCUGGAGGGGAGAAAAAUUCACACAAAGGGGCUGGAGGGGAGUAAAAUACAUUUCAGGUGGGGACAAGAUAUAAUAAAGGGGAGUGUAAGACAAAAGGGGGAUAAGAUACACUAAAGGGGUAAAACAUUCAAAAGAGAGGAUAAAAACACAAAAGGGAAAUAAGAGGGGGGAUUAGGGGACACACAGUUGAAGAAGCAAGGGGGGGAGAUGAGAGGGGAGCAGCAGCAGCAAAAUGCAGCUUAGCCAGUGUAGCCAAAAACUUCCAUCUGCCCUGAGUGAGACCUAUAAAGGUGUAUAUACAGUGAGGGGGAAAAGUAUUUGAUCCCCUGCUGAUUUUGAACGUUUGUCCACUGAGAGAGAAAAAUGACCCAUCUAUAAUUUUAAUGGUAGGUAUAUUUUGAGAGAGAGAGAGAGAGAGAGAGAGAGAGACAGAGUAACAAAAAAAAAUCCAGAAAAACGCAUGUCAAAAAAAUUAGAAAUUGAUUUGCAUGUCAAUGAGUGAAAUAAGUAUUUGAUUCCCCUAUAAAUCAGCAAGAUUUUUGUCUCCCAUGUGUCUUUUUUUUUAUACAGGUAACGAGCUCAGAUUAGGUGCUCCUAAUCUCAGUUUGUUACCUGUAUAAAAGACACUUGUCCACAGAAGCAAUCAAUCAGAUUCCAAACGCUCCACCAUGACCAAGACCAAAGAGCUGUCCAAGGAUGUCAGGGAUAGGAUUGUAGACCUACACAAGGCUGGAGUGGGCUACAAGACCAUCGCCAAGCAGCUUGGUGAGAAAGUGACAACAGUUGGUGUGAUUAUUCGCAAAUGGAAGAAACACAAAAUAGCUGUCAGUCUCCCUCGGUCUGGUGUUCCAUGCAAGAUCUCACAUCGUGGUGUUUCAAUGAACAUGAUCAAUGAUCAACGGUGAGGAAUCGGCCCAGAACUACACAGGAGGAUCUUGUUAAUGAUCUCAAGGCAGAUGGGACCAUAGUCACCAAGAAAACAAUUGGUGACACACUACGCCAGAAAGGACUGAAAUCCUGCAGCGCCCGCAAGGUCCCCCUGCUCAAGAAAGCACAUGUACAGGCCUGUCGGAAGUUUGCCAGUGAACAUCUAAAUGCUUCAGAGGAGAACUGGGUGAACGUGUUGUGGUUAGAUGAGACCAAAAUUGAGCUCUUUGGCAUCAACUCAACUCGCCGUGUUUGGAAGAGGAGGAAUGCUGCCUAUGACCUCAAGAACACCAUCCCCACUGUCAAACAUGGAGGUGGAACAUUAUGCUUGAGGGGUGUUUUUAUGGGGACAGGACAACUGCACCACAUCAAAGGGAAGAUAGACGGGGCCAUGUACCGUCAAAUCUUGGGUGAGAACCUCCUUCCCUCAGCCAGGGCAUUGAAAAUGGGUAGAGGAUGGACAUUCCAGCAUGACAAUGAACCAAAACACACAGCCAUGGCAACAAAGAAGUGGCAUUAAGGUCCUGGAGUGGCCUAGCCAGUCUCCAGAUUUUAAUCCCAUCGACAAACUGUGGAGGGAGCUGAAGGUUCGAGUUGCCAAACGUCCGCCUCUAAACCUUUAUGACUUGGAGAAGAUCUGCAAAAAGGAGUGGGACAAAAUCCCUCCGUAGAUGUGUGCAAACCUGGUGGUCAACUACAAGAAAUAUCUGACCUCUGUGAUUGCUAACAAGGGUUUUGCCACCAAGUACUAAGUCGAAGGGGUCAAAUACUUAUUUCACUCAUUGACAUGCAAAUCAAUGUAAAACUUUUUUUUCUGGAUUUUUUUUUUUUUUUGUGUUAUUUUGUCUCACUGUUAAAAUACAUCUAACAUUUAAAUUAUAGACUGACAAUUUCUUUGUCAGUGGGCAAACGUUCAAAAUCAGCAGGAGAUCAAAUACUUUUUUACUUCACUGUACAUACUGGGUGUAUGUAAAAUUUUCAGUGAGUGAUAUUACUCAUAAAGAUUCAAUUACAAUUAUUUAUGUAGUGCCAACAUAUUCUGUACAAAAGGUAAACUUACACAAGCAAUCCUGAAGAAACAGGUUUGGCAUACAGUAGGUAAAGAGGCCUUACCCAAACAAACUUACAAUCUAAUAGUUCAGAAAAUUCCUUGGAAACAGGAAUGUUUUACCAUUAACAUGGGUGUUUUAACUCUGUAUGCGGUCAGGCUAAAUUACUGGUCAAAAUUUUUAUUUUAUAAUUCUUUUUUUGUUGUUGUGCACAUAUAACAUUACAAGCUUGCCAUGCCACUACAGCAUCAACAAGAAUAAUAUGACACAAUAAACAUCAGUGUGGUAUUUUAAGAAUCCACACAAUUUUUUAUAGUAAUAGUUAACAAUCUAGCUAGGCAAACAUGCAGUUGUGCGACUGAAAAGAAAGGUAUAGUUAAGACUUCAGACAUGAUAACUUGUGUGUAUGAUUAAAUGAUCCACAAUGUAUUAGAGAGUGGUGAAAGGGCAAACAGACCAGGUGACUGCCAACUAGCGGGCGUCCCUCCCCACAUGACACCAUAGGAAAAUUACAGCAGACCAGAGCAAAACAGUAUAAAGUCUACUGUGUCAACUUUAAAAUAAAUUGAUUCAUGAGGGGUGAAGCCAGCACCCAACAUAGACAGACGUGUGUAUCUCAAGCUCCUCAUGGUUUGCCCAGCUAAUACCUUUCCCAACGAGACAGCACUCUCUCCUGGGCCACACAGUGACCGAUCCCCCACCUGCAAACCAUGGGGAAGAUUUUUUUUUUUUAAAUCGGCCAGACCCUGGUUCCGGGUCUCUCGAUAUAGGGGCACAAUACAGAGGCCCACUCUUUCCAAGAUGGCUUCCGAUCUGACUUGCUCGUCUGAGUGCUCAGAGGAUUACAGUCUGGAGGAGGACCUGCUAGCACCAUCGAGAAAACAGGUCAGACCACCCCAGGGAUGAAGCCCCAUCCACCAAAGCUGACAUCAAAGCCCUUUCAAAGUACAUACAGACGAUGUUCCAAGCAGAUAUUGCAGUGAUCAGGGAGCAGGGGACCACCCUCACAGGCUGCAUGGCCGCCAUGAAGGCAGACACUGGGGCCACCAAAAUGGCUCAAGCGGCCACAUAUUCUGUCCUCCUUACGAUGAAGAAAAACCAAGCUGUGUUGACAGCCUGCGUAACCGCUAUGGAGGAUAGAGCCAGAAUCCAAAAUAUCUGCAUCAGGGGGUUACCUGAUAGAGCAUUAAUGAUGGAGAGCUCCCUCACUAUCUCCGCUAUCUUCUUUUUUCAGAUCCUUAGAGAGUUCUUUGCCAUGAGGUGCCAUGUAGACCAGUAUGAGAGAGUGUGAGAACACUAACACCAAAUUAACACACCUGCUCCCCAUUCACACCUGAGAUCUUGUAACACUGAGUCACAUGUCACCGGGGAGGGAAAAUGGCUAAUUGGGCCCAAUUUGGACAUUUCCACUUGGGGGUGUACUCACUUUUGCUGCCAACGGUUUAGAUUAAUGGCUGUGUGUUGUUAUUUUAAGGGGACUGCAAAUUUACACUGUUCUACAGGCUGUACACUUACUACUUUACAUUUACAUUUCUUCAGCGUUCAAAUGAAACGAUCUGAUAAAAUAUUUGCCAAAAAUGUGAGGGUGUACUCACUUUUGUGAGAUACUGUAUGUAUUUUCAAGUUCUGUUGUGGCAUGGCAGGACUGUUUGUAUCACUAUAAACAGCAAAAAAAAAAUUAUUUUUAAAACUGGGGGCGGGCCUGACCGAUGAUUGGAUCAGACGUUCUUCUUCCGAGCUCCUGCAUCUGAGCCUGAAAUAUCGGUGCUAACUGCGUGCCACAAGCAGACACUGACCCAAAUCAGUGACCAAACGACUCACCAGCCGACGGUGUACACAGAGAUGCAGCAAAUGACCCGACACGGCAUCACAGUAACCCGAUCGAGGCCUCUCCGAGCUUGAGCUAGGGUGAGACGACGUUCUCCGACCAGCAACCUGCUAUCCCCAUUUCCCCUCUGGACUGGUGGGGGUUAUCCCGGUCUCCACGGGCAACCACAACUGGCUACAGCAAGCCCCAAAAACCUGCCUUGUUGUGGAGCAGAGAUGGGGCGACUCACCCCAAGAUGGCCGACACCAGGCAGCUGCGUGCACAACUUGCGGGCAAGACAUCGCAGAGCAUGAAUGAACACAUACCGCAGUGUCUGGAUAAAAUACUCAACAGCCCCUGGGACAAGUCUGCUGACUACCCUGAGAAUCCCAAUGCACCAGCAACGAAACAUAAGCAGAGAGAUAAGGGGUGGAAAAAGAGCGGGUCCCCCGUAGGCAUUCCUAACCAAGCAAGCACACAGUCCUACACUUCAGGCCCACGCGGGCUGAAGACCAUAAGGGAUACAAUCCUGGAGCAUCAGCCACCGGAGCGGAGGAUUCAAUGCCACAGAUGACGACUCUCCAUCGGGAUCCACGGCCGUCCCGAGCAAGGGAGGAACUUGGCUUCCUACGCUCAACUUCGUGGUCCGUAGAUGCAGGCCUUCACGACAGACCGAGGCUUUGGGGAGGACGCACUCUAACUCUGCCUCUUGCUGACAUGCUACCCCUUAAGCCUGCUGCCAAGCCGGGGUAUCGGCUGAGCCGGAACUAUAUACCCAUGAUAUGCUUGGCUACCCUCAGGUUCCUAUCAUACAGGCCUGCACACACACAGCUUCACACACAGCUUUAAACAUGACCUAGCCUACGGUGCGACCUUUAGACAUGACACAAGGCAGACACAAGCCACAGAAUACAACUGACGCCACCAUGCACCUGAUCUGUUAGAUACAAGCACACUCGCAACACCUGACACCAUACCGGUCUUAGGGAGCAAAUGCCGAUAUGUACCACUUAUUGACAACACUCCGACCGGCAGCCCGUGGUUACCCAAGCUUAGAGCCCACGCAUAAAGAUUAAGCAAUUAUAAUGUAAGCUUGCAUUUCUAGCUUGCCACACUGAAUAGAUCGUUGUACCUGCUACUGUUAUCCUACUACUAUACCUAAAAAAAAGUGCACGUUUCUCAAAUGCUAUUAUUGUUAUGCAUGAUAAAACGCUAAAGGACUGCUGUUGGGGCACCUCAAACCUGUAUGUUGAUACCAGUAUGCACAACAACAACAACAACAACAACAAAAAUUAAAAAAAAACAAAAAACUGAUUCAUAGGGAGAUAAGGAAUAAACAAAGUAAGUCCAGCAGAAUACAAAAUAAAAUCUAGCAGCUAGGCUAAACAUGAGGGGAAAUAAGGCAAUGCUUGGACGUCAUUCAGCCGAUAUCGGCAACCGGUAGUUUAUAGUCCCACAAGGUGGAGUAGUGCUGCCAGCCCAGUAGUGUGAGAGCUGUUGAUGUGGUGAAAGGUAAGCUUUGCAGCCUCCCUGGCUCCCUCCAUGCCUCCCAUACCUCUGGUGUGCACGUGGCAAUCCUAGGGCUUUUCUCCCUCUGCUCUGGAGUAGGCUUGUUCGCAGUCUGCCUCGAGUUGUGCUUUUGCGGUCUUUGCCUCUUGGUGCACACCCUCUGAGAAACUUUGACCGCAAGCUGGGCCCGAAGAGAUUGAAACAGCUGCCCAGGUGGGUGAGUGAGAGGGGAUUGUGAUGCUGGCUGUAAUCGUUGCUUGUGUGCGUCCCAACUCCUCCAGUCUCUCCCAAUAGUUAAAGAACGUGUUGCCGCCAACCGUGCCUCCAAUUGGGUGCAAAAUUGCGGAAAUAUCGCUUCCAGCCUCAACAGGAUGUGACUAGAGUGGUCUUCUUAUUAUGAGCUGCACUGCGGUGAGCAUUGUGGCCUAGGGAGAGACAUCCCUGCCAUAUUGUGUGGAGCAGUUUUCUCAGAACUUUGGAUCGUUACAGAGGUGUCUGCAAGCCCAGUGUGGUCCGGGAUAACCCCCACCGAACCAUGGGGGGGAGGAGUGAGGUGAGACCAGAUAGCUGUAGAGCGGGAGGAGCGGCCGCCUCUCCCCAGCACAAACUCUUGUAGGCCACAUAUGCACACCUCAGACUCAGAACUACCAAACCGGACAAGAGUGAGCUUACCAGGUUGGUUUAAGCGGCCUCUGUUACUCUCUGCCCCCUCUACUGGUCAGAUUUUAUUGUAACCUAUGGAUAUCCUCAGUUGUGUAUGAUUACUAUCAGAUCCCCUACUGUCUGCAGGAAAUGGCUUAAUCAAGGUAAAUUCACUUUAUCCCUUGAGAUUAUAACUCAUUUAACAGGUGAGAUGCAGCAUCAAGAAAAAAGAGUUGUUAGUUUGAAAUGUAUUUGUCUUUGAUUUUCUACUAAUGAAAUUUUAUUUUAAAAUGGAAUUCCAGGGCUUUUUUGGAUAAAAUGUCCGUCCCCCCCUCUAUUUUGGCAUGGUUUUAUAAGGAUUCAAUUGUUAACUACUUAGACAAUUAAGUUACACCUAAUUUUGAUUGAUUCCCUAUUUCACAUUCCUGAUAUAUCAGAUUCAAGUCAGGUGAAAGGCCAUUAUGAAGUAAGCCUCUGAGCAUUCAGACAACCGCUUGCAAACCCUUCUGUGGAAUAUAGCUUGGUUGCUACUUCUAAGUGCUGUAUCUAAGUGUGUAGUUGAAGAUAUUCUGGAGAGUUUUACAGAAGCUUCAACUGUCUAAGAGUUGUGCUAAGAGCUUUCUUUUCUACUGUUACAGGUAAGAUUCAUCUAUAGGAAAAGGUUACUGAUUGCACAAGGUUUGAAUUCCUGUUGGUAAUUAUAAGGCAUUUGAUUAGAUUACUUGCUUUUGAUUGCUGUUUAAAUUAGCUAUUGUUUGCAAAUAAGCAGAGGCCUACCCAGGUGUUAAACAUUCGUAGUGGGUGGUGAUUUUAGGAGUUAUAUAAGGGCUGUGGUCAUUAGCUUGGCCAAUAUAGCUUGGUUGCUACUUCUAAGUGCUGUUUCUAAGUGUGUAGUUGGAGAUAUUCUGGAGAUAAACUGGAGGUAAUCUGAGGUAUUCAGGAGGAUAAAUACAAAUUUAAGACUUGUUUGAUUUAAAUUAUUCUCCUCAUUGGAAUGGCAGACUUAGUUCAGUGUAAUAGUUGCAAUGCAUUUGUUUCACGUUCCACUUUUUGGAGGUUUGGUUGUUGUCUAAUCUGUAGACAGUUCUCUAUCUUGCGGCAGGAGAUUGUAUUUUUGAAGUCUGAGAUUUGUAAAUUAUUUGGUGAACAAACUCAGACUGGAACUUCAGCAAAGCCACUGCCGCAGAGACAUACUAGGAAUAGCAGAUGGAUUACUGUAGGAUCUGGUAGACUUAGAGUUGUGGAUAAAAGGCAUUUUGCACAGUCUGUUGAUCUUCAUAAUUCAUUUUCUGCACUUUCAGAGUGUAAUGGUGUAGUGGAGAGAGGCACUGAGGCUAGUGGUGUUGUGGAGAGAGGCACUGAGGCUAGUGCUGUUGUGGAGACCGGCUUGGAGACUAUGGUGAGGCCUAAUAGAAAGCAGUUGUUGUUGGGGGAUUCCAUUAUAAGAGGUUUGGAGAUGGACAAUGGUGGUCUUGUGAGGUGUCUUCCCGGAGCUACUGCUCACAGAGACAGGAGACGUAUCUGUAAUAUUGUUAAGCAAGCAAAGCAGGAAGGGGAAUUUGAUGUACUUGUCCAUCUAGGGACAAAUGACUUGGCUUGCAAUGAGGUUUCAGAGGUUAAGGAAGUUUUAGUGUUUUUGCCAAUGAUAUACGGCAGGUUGCUUCCACACUGUCAUUCUCUGAAGUUCUGCCUGUGCAUAACACUCAGAACGACAGGCGGAUGCGUAUUAGGGACUUUAACUUGUGGCUUGGUGAAUGGUGUCGAGAGCAAGGAUUUGGCUUUAUUUCUCAUGAUAGCUCUGUUUGGAAUGGAAAUAAAAUGUUCAAAAACGAUGGUUUUCAUCUUUCUCAAAAGGGGACAAAUGUUCUCAGUGAGCAGUUCAGAGGUUUUGCUUGGAUGUAUUUAAACUGGGGGGGUGGAGGGGGAGGGAAAGGGUGAUAAAACAUCAAUCCAAUUGUCCCCAAAACAAGGACAGAAGGUGCCUGUAGCAAGUGUGUUAAAAAAUGAUAAGCUUAGAGUCAUGUCUACAAAUGCUCGCAGUUUAGGGAAUAAGAUCCAUGAACUUGUGGCAAUAACGGCAACUGAUAGUGUAGAUUUAGUCGCUGUUACUGAGACAUGGUAUAAUGAGAAAAAUGACUGGGACAUAGCAAUACCAGGGUACUCUUUAUACAGGAAAGAUAGGGAAGGCAAGAAAGGGGGAGGGGUGGCCUUGUAUGUGAAGGAUAGCAUAAAAUCUAGCCUAAUAAAAGUUAGUGAGGCAAACAUAGAGUCCGUUUGGGCUACGUUAGAAUUUGGUAAUCACACAGUAACUCGUGUAGGUGUGAUUUAUAGGCCCCCAGGACAAAUUGAAGAGUUAAAUAAUCUACUAGUUGAGGAAAUAGCUAAAAUGACAAUGAAGGGGGAAGUUAUCAUCAUGGGUGACUUUAAUCUUCCUGAUGUAAAUUGGAAAACAAAAAUUAGCUACUUGUGCCAGGAGCACACAUAUUCUAAACUCCCUACUGGGAUUGUCUCUAAAACAAGUUGUUGAGGAGCCAACUCGUAAAGAGGCCAUACUAGAUUUAGUGUUAACAAAUGGAGAUUUGGUAUCAGAUAUUACUGUAGGUGAAAGUUUAGGAUCCAGUGAUCAUCAGUCAGUGUGGUUUAAUAUAAGAACAGUGACUGAGUCACACCACACAAAAACAAAAGUUUUAGACUUUAGAAAAACAGACUUUUCUAAAAUUAGAAUAUGUGUAGAGGAGUCAUUAUCAGACUGGAGAAAUUUAAAUGGAGUCCAAGAGAAAUGGGAUUAUUUAAAAGUUGCACUAUUGAAGGCAACAGAAAAUUGCAUUAGGCUUGUCAGUAAAAGCAAAAAAUUCAAGAAACCACUGUGGUACUCCACAGAUGUGGCCAAAAUAGUUAAAAACAAAAAGUUAGCAUUUAGGAAUUAUAAAAAACCCAGAGUGAGGAAGACAAAAUGAUCUAUAAGAUUAGGCAGAAAGAGGCUAAGCAAGUUAUAAGAGCUUCCAAAUCACACACAGAAGAGAAAAUAGCACAGUCAGUAAAAAAGGGGAUAAAACAUUUUUUAGAUACAUAAAUGAGAAAAGAAAAGUAAAACAAGGAUUAGUUAGAUUAAAAACAAAAGAAGGAAGGUAUGUAGAAGAGGAUAAAGGUCUAGCUGACUGCCUCAAUUAAUAUUUUUGUUCUGUAUUUACAGAUGAAAAUGAAUGAAAGGGACCUCAGUUGAGAAAAAGGAUAAAUUAGUCCUUUAUUACACGUGAGUUUACAGAGGAAGAGGUUCUAUUUCAACUGUCAAAAGUAAAGACAAGUCAAUGGGACCUGAUGGAAUACACCCACAGCUAUUUAAAGAGCUUAGUGGUGUACUAGCAACACCAUUAACAGAUUUAUUUAACCAAUCAUUGUUAACAGGAGUAGUCCCAGAAGUUUGGAAGUUAGCGAAUGUUGUGCCCAUUUACAAGAAAGGUAAUCGGGAGGAGUCGGGCAACUAUAGGCCAGUAAGCCUUACUUCAGUAGUGGGGAAAGUGAUGGAAACAAUGUUAAAGGAUGGGAUUGAUGAACAUCUAAAAACACAUGGAUUUCAAGAUCAGAGACAACAUGGGUUUACUUCAGGGAGAUCAUGCCAAACUAAUCUUAUUGAUUUUUUUGAUUGGGUAACUAAAAUUAUAGAUCAGGGUGGUGCAGUAGACAUUGCUUACCUAGAUUUCAGUAAGGCUUUUGACACUGUUGCACAUAGAAGGCUUAUCAAUAAACUGCAAUCUUUAGGUUUGGAUUCCAAUAUUGUUGAAUGGGUAAGGCAGUGGCUGAGUGACAGGCAACAGAGGGUUGUAGUUAAUGGAAUAUAUUCGAAGCUUGGACUUGUCACCAGUGGGGUACCUCAGGGAUCUGUACUUGGACCCAUUCUCUUUAAUAUUUUUAUUAGUGAUAUUGCAGAAGGUCUUGAUGGUAAGGUAUGUCUUUUUGCUGAUGAUACUAAGAUAUGUAACAGGGUUGAUGUUCCAGGAGGGAUAAGCCAAAUGGCAAAUGAUUUAGGUAAAACUAGAAAAAUGGUCAGAAUUGUGGCAACUGACAUUUAAUGUGGAUAAGUGCAAGAUAAUGCAUCUUGGACGUAAAAACCCAAGGGCAGAGUACAGAAUAUUUGAUAGAGUCCUAACCUCAACAUCUGAGGAAAGGGAUUUAGGGGUGAUUAUUUCUGAUGACUUAAAGGUAGGCAGACAAUGUAAUAGAGCAGCAGGAAAUGCUAGCAGAAUGCUUGGUUGUAUAGGGAGAGGUAUUAGCAGUAGAAAGAGGGAAGUGCUCAUGCCAUUGUACAGAACACUGGUGAGACCUCACUUGGAGUAUUGUACACAGUACUGGAGACCGUAUCUUCAGAAGGAUAUUGAUACCUUAGAGAGGGUUCAGAGAAGGGCUACUAAACUGGUUCAUGGAUUGCGGGAUAAAUCUUACCAGGAAAGGUUAAAGGAUCUUAACAUGUAUAGCUUUUAGGAAAGACGAGACGGGGGGAUAUGAUAGAAACAUUUUAAUAUAUAAAGGGAAUCAACACAGUAAAGGAGGAGACUAUAUUUAAAAGCAGAAAAACUACCACAACAAGAGGACAUAGUCUUAAAUUAGAGGGACAAAGGUUUAAAAAAUAAUAUCAGGAAGUAUUACUUUACUGAGAGGGUAGUGGAUGCAUGGAAUAGCCUUCCAACUGAAGUGGUAGAGGUAAACACAGUAAAGGAGUUUAAUCAUGCAUGGGAUAGGCAUAAGGCUAUCCUAACUAUAAGAUAAGGCUAGAGACUAAUGAAAGUAUUUAGAAAAUUGGGCAGACUAGAUGGGCCGAAUGGUUCUUAUCUGCCGUCACAUUCUAUGUUUCUAUUUUAAGUUCCAUGUAAGUUGUCCUAUUGAUUAUAUUGGUAGUUCCUCCCGUGAAAUAAAUAAUUGUAAUUCUUUUUCUUUGCAGUUAUAAGCUGCUGUUCCUGAUAUACAUGUUUUCAGUAGAGUAUGGUAUUCUGAAAAUUUGAAACAAAUCUCACCGAAAAGAUAGAGGGAAUAAGACAGAGUAGGGAGAAUAGCUCUAAACUGGAAAAGGGGAUUCACCAAAACCUUUAGAACACACACCAUAAAAUAUAGUAUGAGUAUCCAGGAGCUAACACAAAUGCGAAAUAAAAUUAAAUACAAAUCAUUUGUCACUUAAAACGUCCAGAAUAAUAUAAAAGUCCUUGGUGGAAUAUCUAUAGCAUAUGCAACCCUAACCCUGCUUGCGAAAACAACACAGGACUGAUGGUACCAAUGAUAGAUAGUAUAAUAUAUAUAUAUAUAAAAGAUAAUUACAAUUGGUAGCAAAGCAUAUCAGUAUGAGGAACUGUUUGCUCAAUAUUAAGGUGCAGCAGUGUCACGACGAGUCCUCUGUACGUUGCUCCGCCAUUUUUGGCGCUAUGCGCGGGAGGCCUCCCUGCAUGUAAUCCCCAAUAUUUCGGGACCCAAAGGCCAUAGCAGCUUUAUUCGUCUUGGUCCGUUUUCCCAUCGCGUUAUGGGGGUGAGUGGUUGGUUUACCUUCGGUGUAGCACCCGGUUUGCCGUAUUUAGUUUGCUUGGCUAUACGGAGCCUCAGCUCUGCAUGUCUGCCCCUCCCACCCCCCAUUUUGUAUUUUUGUCGUACAUAGAGGUACACAGAACCUUGCUAAGCAACAACAGCCUUUGCAAGUGCAACUUAAGACAUGAAAUAACAAUCAUGUGGCUUCAAUAAAACUGCACAAUUUUUACAGAAUAUGGAAAUAUGAGAAAAACCAUGCUGCUACAGGUACUUCAAAGCAAGUAGAUCAGGCAUGUUAGUACUAAACAAGAAAAGUACACUCUGACUUGGUCGUCAGGUGAAUUGAUGAAUGAGAACUUGCAUGUAAAUAUAACAGAAUGUGAGAAAGCGGCAAGGAAAAAUAAAAUUGCGUAAUCCCACUAAGAGAGUAUGGUAAACUGGGCUAGCAGAUUAUAUAGCACUUUGUGCCCUGUGCUAGUAUGAGCAAGUUAACAUGCAAGUAAAGGUGCAUCUGGCCCGGGCUUUUUUGGCAAGCAGAGUAUCACUGGCAGGUGACUUAGUGACACCAUAAUAUAGCCGCAAAGAAUAAUCUAAUUCCCUCCCUGGGACAGAGGCUCAAAGAAGUCCCUUAGUAAUGGGGGGUGUAAGGAGAGAUGGUCAAUAGGACCUUGUGCACCACAACACUCCAGCCCCAGGCUGAAAUCAGAACCGGCACUCAAUGUCCACUGACCCAACCUACAGAGACUAAGGCAGAGUCCCGCGACUGCCCCUAUGAGGAACCAUUCAUGGGUGUGUGGACAGUGCUUCGGGUGUGUGAAGAGUGUGUUGGCGGUAUAACUGUGGUGGCUCAGGUUGAGGAAUUGGGGAUAUUUGACAAUAGGCAAUUUUACAUAUGGAAUAUAACAGACAAGAGGUGAAGAAGAUCUUGCUCAAACAAGCUUACAGUCUAUGACAGUGAUGGCUAACCUUGACACCAUAAAUUGUUUCUGGACUACAUUUUCCUUGAUGCUCAGCUAGCUUUUAUACUCUAAAGCUAGCUGAGAAUCAUGGGAAAUGUAGUCCAGAAACAAUUUAUGGUGUCAAGGUUAGCCAUCACUGUCCAUGAGGAAUGGGUAAACACAUACAAGAGAAAUAACAGCAUGUCAGACGGGGUAGGGAUUGAUGGAUAAGAUGUCUGUGUCGAAAUAAGAUGGUAAAAGGGGAAAAAUUUAACUGUGGCAGGAGGGAAAGAGAGCUGGGCUAAGGAGGAGUGGGUACUGAUGAGGGCAGUGAAAAGAGAGAAGCAUCGCCCAGGAAGAGGGUAAGUUUUCCUUAAGAGAUGUGUUUUUAGUGAUGUCUUAAUGGACUGGAGGUUAGGGGAGAGUCUGAUGACACGGGUUGGCGAAUUCCAAAAGAUUGAUGCAGCCCUUGAAAAAUCUUGCAGAUGAGAGUUGGCAAUUCGGGAACGAGCAGAUGUCAGGAGAAGGUCAUUUGCAAAGGGAACGAUAAGGGGUAUGUUUGAGUAAAGCGAAAUCUAGUGAGAAUUGGAUUUAGUGAGGACUUUGUAAGUUAGUUUUCGUAGUUUUAAUUGGAAUUUUAAGGGUACAGGAAGCCAAUGUAAUGAUUGACGAAGAGGUGAGGUGUGGUAGUAGUGGUCAGUCAGGCACAGACUAAAGCGGGGAAAUGCAGGUAUUUGGAAGACUGGUGAGUAGUGAGUUGCAUUAGUCAAGUGGGGAAAUAAUGAGUGCAUGAACAAGUGCCUUAGUUGUCUCUUGAGUUAGAAAAUGGCGACAGACUGGGUGUGAGGAGAAAAUGUAAGACCCGAGUCAAAAGUAACACCAAGGCAGCAAGCAUUGGGAAUUGUGGUAAUAAAUAGUCCUACUCCAUCACUCUUCCUGCAAGUCAAUGGAACUCUUGAGGGAGGAAAGAUAAGGGGUUCAAUUUUAGAAAAAUUACAUUUUAGAAAACCGGAAGACCUCCAGUUAUAGAUGGAAGACAGUCAAUUUGUGAUGCGUUCCAGAAGAGCAGGGGAGGGGUAAAUCUGUAUUUCCUGGCCAAUCCAUGUCUCCCCUCUCAGCUGAUAGGACAGGAAUCUAAUUCUCAAUUGAAGGUAUAUAAGGAAUCCACCUCCCCAGAAUAAGCAGUCUUUUUUCCUGUCCUCCAGCUGUUAGGCAGCACAACAGUUUUAUUUUAAAGUUCACCUGCCAUUAGUUUUUCAUUAUGGCAUCCCUGGGGAGUUUAGCCUCUCUCCCCAAGAAAGAACCCAGAUAUAGUCCAAGCAGUUUGGGAUUCCCUGGGUUAAGAUUACUAUGAUAGUUCAUAGUAAUUGAAGACUGGACCUUGGUCUAAAUUCUACAACUUUUUAAAUCUAAUAUAGAUAUAUAGAUAUAUAUACACACACACAAUCCUACCGAUACAUAUCUGUAAUGUAGCCUGACACAUCCUGAGAGAUAAAGGUCCAAGGAUAACAGAAAAUCCAGGAAAUAUCAUACCUGCCCAUCUGAUGCAAUUGAAGGGAAAAAUGUAUGCAGGCACUGCUUUGAAUCAUAGCAUUUGAAGGAGCAUCUAUAUCUGCAGAAACCGUUAACCCAAAUCUGGCUGAGGUAAUUUCUAUGGUUGCUGGGAUUAAAGGAUUAAAGAGGCAAUUUGCAAGUCAUUCCUCUAAAAAAAACCUUAAAGAGCAAGAGAAGAUUCCUCAAGCUCUAUGUCAGAGGUUCAUAUCCCAGAUGGCUUUAACUCAUCAGAGGAUGAAGAGAGCAUGGAUUACCCUUCUAACCUAGACGGUUAAGUGGUUAAUUCACUAAUUUAUCUAAUUAGAGACACUCUUAGAAUCCCAGAGGGUUGUGGAGAAGCUAGGGACUCAGAUAUAUAUACACUUUGAGGACCUGCACAGGAGAAGAAUUAUUUCCCCUAUAUACUCCAUCAUUAAAGAUCUGAUUAGAACCAGAAUGGGAGAUACACGUUUUUCAACCCAAGGGAAAGUCAAUAUAUUAUUCUCAAUCCAAUUAUCAGACAUAAUUCUGGAAAAUUGGAGGUAUAGCACAGUGGUAGAGAAUGUGACCGCAGAUCAAGAGGUUUCAAGUUCAAAUCCUGAUGCUCCCCCUAAAAAGAAAAUCAUGAAUUCAAAGUUUCCUUCAAAUGCUUUUCUUGGGUGCCAGUGAUUCUACUAUUUUAAAAACACAACACUGAAAGUGGAUGCGACUAUAAUGGCAACGAACAGUGGCAAAAAGAACUGUUUUUACCAAUAGACAGUGCAGCAUUUUUGAGGAAACCAAUGGAAAAACAAGAAGAUGCUAACAUGGUCAAGACUUACUCUUUAGGCGCAGCAAUGCAUCCUGCAGUGGCCUUAACAUCAUUGUCAAGGGCUCUAAGUGUCUGGACCGCUAUGCUUAGUAAAGACAUCUCUAAAAGCACUAACAGAGAUACAUUACUGGAAAUUUUAAAGGAUUUAAAAAAAUUCACUUCAGAUUUUAUUACAGAAGCUUUGGUAGUCCUCACCAAGCUUAUAUAAAAAGCUAUUGGCCAUUCAGUUUCAGCCAAGAGAGCCCUUUGGUUGAGAACAUGGGGUGCAGAUAAUUCAUCAAAACUAACCUAUGCCUACUUUCUUUUCAGGGAAACCUUAUAUUUGGAAAGCCCUUAGACGAUGCUACCUAAGGUAGCUGACUGGGGAAAAAAGUUCUCCUGCCACAGGACAGAAGAAUAAAGCAAUAUCCUAAUGGCUGGAGCAGAGGAUACAAAGAACAAAAUUUCUUUCCAGAUCUUAUAGCCUGGGAGAGAAUAUUCUAGAGUGCCAUCUUCCAAGGUGAUAUUUAUAUGCCUUUUUGGAGUCAAGAAUGAAUUUGUUCUUAGUUUGUUGCAAAAUUGGAAACACUUCAGACAGGGUUUUUUGUUUUUCUGUAGAUCAACAGAAAAAAACAUAUGUGAGAGAGACUGAACUUGAUGGACGCAAGUCUCUUUUCAGCUAGAGGCUGAUGAGAUAUCUCAGCUGGCUAAUAGAUCAGCCCUUGGGGGCUGCAGGGUCAAAUCCUGGCAGUGUUGGCUUAACUCUUCAUUUCUCCGAGGUAGAUGUAAUGAGUACCAUUAAAUUGGAUAAUCGUAACAACCCCUGGACAUACUUGCAAACCAGAGUAAUCUGAAUGUACCUUUUCUGGUUACCGUACAUACUUUGUUAUUAUUAUGUGACAUACCCUAAAGAGGAAGAAAUUUUUGUUCGGCAGGUGGCAGGAAACAGAUAUUCAAGGUAGGAGCCCGCCUUGCAAAAUUUAAUCAAAUCUGGUCCUUGCACAUCACAGAUCUUUCAGUUCUGUCAGUUAUAUAGAAAAGGAAAAACCUAUGCAAGAAUGCCUAAAAAACAAAACUUCAACAUAGAUUCAUAGAUCUUCAAAAGGCAUACUAUCACAUCCCUGUAGCACUUGCACACAGACAGUAUCUAAGGUUUAAGAUUUUUGACAGUCAUUUCCAAGUCUAAGCUUCGCACCCAGUAAAUUCACAAAGAUCCUGAUCAGCCUAAAUGCUCUCCUAUGGGAAUAAGGAAUCAGAAUAUUCCAUUAUCUGGAAGAUAUACUGAUUGUGAACAAAUCAAAAGGAAGACUCAUCAGAGAUACAGAGACAGUCAUUGAGGACUUACAAGAUUUCGAAUGUAUUAUAAAUCUAAAAAAAUAUCAACUGAAACCAUCACCGGGAACAAUGUGCCCAACUAUCGGUUUAGUGAGGUGGGCACACUGGAACCUGAGAAUAACACAGAAAAUUUUCUUGGAGCAGUUCAAUCAAGAAUGGAAACAAAAGAUAUGGAUCACAGAAGAAGUAAGAAGGUCUCUUCAGUAAUGGAUGAACGUAGAAAAUAUCAGGAGAGGCUUCCCGCUAGGGGACCCAGAGUCGGAAUUAGUGACCACAGAUGCAAUGGAAAAGGUUGGGGAGCUCAAUACAUCCUCCAGAACAACAAGACGGUGUCGCCGAUACAUAUGGAUGUACAUCCAGGAGAAUGGAAACUGAGUUUGGAUACGUUCAAGCAGACAUGCAAUAUUUGGGGAACACCGGAUAUAGAUCUGAUGGUGAAAAGUUCCCCCUUUUCUCUAUUCCAUAAGAUUUCACCCAAGAACAAAGAUCAAGAUGCCCUAACACAGAGAUUACAUUUUUGGCUGGGAUAUGUAUUCCCUCUCCUUCCAUUAAUCCAGAUAACUUUCAAAGACCUGGAAAAAAAAUGUAGAGGUGAUAGCAAUUAUUCCUCAUUGGCCAAGGAGGCCUUGGUUGCCACUGCUGUGAAGUCUAUCACAAGGAGUUUCUUGGGAACUGCCAAUCAAGAGGAACCUAUUAUCACAUGGGACUUGCCUACAGUUUUGCAUAAUCUGACAGGCGCACCCUUUGAGUCUAUGGAUUCUUCAUCUUUACGGGUCUUAACACUGAAAUGUUUUUCCUUGUUGCCAUCACCUCAGCCAGAAGAGCUUCAGAAUUACAAGCUCUUUCAUCUGAUCAUCCUUUUACUCAAUUUAUUGGAGAUAAGGCGGUUCUAAGAUUGGCUCCGAUAUUCAUUCAAAAGGUUCCUUUCCUAAUUUCACCUGAACCAGGAAAUUUUCCUACCUUAUUUCUUGGAAAGCCCUUCUUCUGAGGAAGAAUCCCUUUGGCAUACUUUGGAUGGGGUUAGUUCUUUACGCAUUUACCUUGAUCGUACUAAAGAAUUUAGUAAGUCAAAUAGACUUUUAUUGUGUCUUUUUUGUUACCAUAAAUGUAUAACUGCCUCUGUUUCUACAAUUAGGAGAGGGAUUACUUCUGCGAUUCAGAAAGCUUACAGGAUAUGUUGGGAGUGGGAGGUGGGGUGGGGUGGUGGGCGGUUUAGAGGAGUUUUGGAAAGCAAGGCUUAAAGGGACAUGGUAAAAAAUGAUAUAUCUGGGGUCUCCCCAAAUUUUAUUUUGUUAUAUUUUAUUUAGUUUUUAUUUUAUUUGGGUAUAUGUACCUGCAGGCCCAACUUGUAUCUUGCUAGCAUCAGGGUUAAACACCCCACUGAUUAGAGAAACCCAACAGGGAAAUACAUAGCUAUGGCGUGGGGCGGACAGUGUCCUCUUGCGGGUGAUAAAUGCUUCCCUAGAACCAAUAGCGAUCGGAGGAAAAUUCUAGAUUCUACUCCACACUGCACCAUAGGGGAGGUAGGCUACCAAAUCUGAAAGCUCCAAAUCUAACCGGGGAAGUUGACUCCUCCCUCUCCCCAGUAGUUACCUUCAAACUUGACGCGGCACCAAAACUCUGCAAUCACAUAUAUAAUAUGGGAUUUUAAAGGCACAACCCAGACAGGAUAUCCAAGGGGACGGCUAUUGUAAUACACAAAUCCGUACCUUUUGUGGCGGACUCUACCAUGACAGAUCGUGAGGGCCGAUAUGUUUUCAUUAGGGGACGAAUCCUAGACGAAUCCUGCACCUUUGCCAACAUUUAUGCCCUAAAUACACGACAGGACAACAAAUUCCUCCGGGCUACACUCCAAGCUCUGCAAGACUUUGACAGUGACAGGUUGUCUGGUUCUCGGGGGAGACCUUAAUAUUGCCAUACAACCUACAACGGAUGCCUCUAGAGGCCACUUACACCCCCCCCCCCCCACACACACUGCUCAAACUCCGCAAACUCCGCUUACGUACUGCUGGAGGGCGAACCAUCCAACAGACAGGGACUAUACGUUCUACUUCACCCCGAACGAUUGAUACACGCGCAUAGACUGUUUCUUCCUCCCGUACUACUACCUGCCCAGACUACGGGACUCUUCCAUAGGGGGGAGGGGCAUAUGGUCUGACCACGUGCCACUCACAAUACAACUAACCUCACCGGUAUAUAAACCUAAGACCACUACAUGGCGGCUCCACGAAAACCUUCUCUCUAAUCCACAGGUGACCCAAGAAGUCCAGCGAGCUCUGACUAACUCUUUCACUGAAAACCGACCACAAGAUACAUCCCCUCUCCUGACCUGGGAGGCACACAAAGCUCUGCUAUUAAAAAGGCAAGGUAACACACAAUACGAGAAUUAACUGACAAAAUAGGGAACCUGACACAUGCGCACAAACGAACACUGGACUGCACACACUUGAGAGAGCUUACAUUAGUGCGUGAGGAAUUAUCAGAGGUCCUGUGUCAUUUUGUAUGGACCUAUAUGUGCUUCCCUCACACACCUCCCAUGGGGAACCGCAGACAAAUACAGCGCGCAUCAGCUCCUCUCACUAAAUAUGCGACAACCAAGAUUCCCGCAGACGCGAAUGAGGCACCUCUGACGGAGGGGGAACUGACCUUCGCCAUCAAAAACUUGAAGACAGACAAAAGCCGGGCCCGGACGGCCUUCCUCUCAAAUACUAUAAAACCUUCACGACCACCCUAUCCCUUCAAUUUGUUUCGGCUUUUAACUCAAAAAUGGAGGGAAAUACGAUUCCCAAGCAGACAACAUCAGCCAACAUUAUUCUAUUGAAAAAAGAGGAUGGGGAUGCCGAGCGGUGUACAGGCAAAUGCCGAUCUCACUGCUAAACUGCGACCUACGACUGUUUGCCAAGAUACUGGCAACGAGGCUGGGACCACACCUAUCAGGCUUGAUCUCAUUUGAUCAAGUAGGAAUCAUCCCUUAUAGGGAAGCCAGGGACAAUAUGAUACAAGCUCUAUCACUGAUCCAUCAAGUGUUACGCACCAUGUAGAGCCCACUCCUCUUUUCUCUACGGACGUGGAGAAGACCUUCGACAGGGUGGUAUGGGACUACCUAUUCGCGGUCCUGGAACACAUAGGCCUGGGGAAUCAUAAGCAUCAAUGGAUAGAGUCCCUUUACUCAUCCUCCACGGCCAGAAUGUGCAUCGACGGGGUCUAUACUGCCGCGUUCCCGGUCAGAAACGGAACAAGACAGGGUUACCCCCUGUCGCUACUGCUCUUCAUCUUGGCCCUCGAACCAUUCUUACAGGCAGUUAGGGACAACCCAGAUAUUACGGGGGUAGUGGUAGGGGUAGACUAUCACAAAGUCGCAGCGUAUGCAGAUGAUAUGCUCUUCUUUUGUCGCCAAAUCCUCAAUAUCGGCACUCCUCGGGGGAGGGCAGACCAGAUUCAACGACGAUUCCCCUUUCAAUGGCAGGACACCGCUAUUAAAUACCUGGGAGUGAGGCUUAUGGCUAAUCUGACCAAACUAUACCAAACCAACUUUGUCCCAAUGUUAGGGGUUAUACGGAAGAACUUAGCAGAAUGGGCUACUCCCCACUUUUUGUGGCUCGGUAGGGUGGCCAUAACCAAAGUGAACAUCCUACCAUGGGUACUCUGUGUUUCAAACAUUACCAAUCUCACUCCCCACUGCCUUUUUUACAUCAAUCCGCACCCUCCUCAUUAAUUUGAUCUGGAAGGGCACUAAACCCAGACUCAAAUACACACAACUUACACUCCCCAAAACAGCAGGGGGUCUGGCUGUUCCAGAUCUCAAACUAUACUACUUGGCAUGCUAUAUGCAAUGGACCUUAGAAUGGGCUAAAGAGGGGGUACAUAAACUCUGGAAGGCCAUCAAAGCUCAUCAAGCAGGCAGGCCACACUCUGCCCUCCUAUGGCUUGAUCCCGCUGUAAGCAGACGACUGGUUUCCCAACAACCGUUUAUUACAGCCACUAUGUCUAUAUGACACUCACAAGCAAGGAAAUUACGCCUGUUCUCCUUCCCGUCCCUACUAUUGCAAUUGGUGUACAACCGAGACUUUGAGCCGGGGAUAAGACUCAGAAACCUUUGCUGCGUACUUCCACAAGAAACCCCGAAUCCAAGACAUUACUGCUAAUGGGAAAAUCCUGCCCCUGUAAACACUCACCGGCACACCCACCCACAACUUCAUGACUGACUUCAGAUACACUCAAAUCAAGAACUAUGUCACCGCGAUACCACAACACCCUGAUAUCCAUAGAGACCUCACACCAUUUGAACAACUAUGUCAGGAACCGCACCCCAUGCCCCAUAGCGUCUCCUGCUUAUAUUCGAUGAUACAACAGCAGAGACUCCCUCCCCCACCCCCUUUCAUGUCCAAAUGGGAAACUGCCAUCAGGGAAACACUCAGGGAGAGCUUGUUGCGACUAUAGGGGGAGGGACCUGAGGAUCCUCAGUAGUAGACACUGGGAGGCAGGUGAGCUGAUCCACACCCGCUUUAAUACGACAUUCUCCCCUUGCCCUACCUCUCAUUCCCGCUUCAUCUCCUUCUCUUCCAUCCUGUCUUACAUGUUCCCAGCUUGCACCGCUGCAAUCUAUAAUGAAUACGGCUGCGAGGCUUAUUUUCCUGUCCGGUCGCACCUCCCACGCCUCCACGCUCUGUCAGUCCCUGCAUUGGCUUCCAGUUAGAUAUAGGGCCCAAUUCAAAAUUCUGGCGCUUGCUUACAAAUCCCUACAUAAUGCUGCUCCAACAUACCUAUCUUCCCUCAUACACAAGUAUGUCCCGACGAGACCCCUGCGCUCAGCCCAAGACCUACUCCUAUCCUCUGCCCGGAUCCCCACCUCUGAUGCUCGCCUUCAAGACUUCUCCAGGGCUGCACCUAUUCUGUGGAACUCCCUUCCCUCCUCAAUCAGACUUUCACCCAGCCUCCAUUCCUUCAAAAAAUCUUUGAAAACUCACUUCUUUAUUAAAGCGUAUCAAUUAAACUGUCAGCAGGUUUCUCAUCCCCCACCCCAUGACUCCGUUCCUUCACCUGUCAAAAAUGACCUACCAAGCACUCAAUAAACCCCUCUGUAACAAACUAUUUAAUUCCCCUACUUUAACCCUUUGUGUCACUAUACCCCACUCCCUCUAGCAUGUAAGCUCAUCGAGCAGGGCCCUCAACCCCCUCUGUUCCUGUACGUCAGUGGUCUGAUCUCAAUUAUGUGUCUGUUAGUCCACCCAUUGUACAGCGCUACGGAAUUUGUUGGCGCUAUAUAAAUAAUAAAAUAAUAAUAAUAAUAAUCCUCUUCUUCGAGGGACCUGUUCUCUGAGGCUCUGGGUGUGGCCCAGGGAGUGACCACACGAGGUGCACUCGUCUGCCUAACACAUGAAACACACUCCCAACCAGGAGCUGAGCAGCUGGGGUCAAACCAUUUUACCUUACAUGAUGCAGUUGCUUACCAAUCCUGAAAUUGAAACACGAUUGCACGCACUUGAAAUAUAUGUACUGGGAUCUGUGUGUCACUUCUUGAGAUUUCAAGGGACCUGCGAGUCCUAAGCUUUAUUCCCUAACUGAAAAUAAAAGCCAACAACUUUAAGUUGAAGGGAAUUUACAAAAUGUGGAUAGUGUGACUGAGACCCGUAAGUUUAGUUUGUUACAGUCUUUAUUUUAUACUGUUAGACAGUUGGAUAUCCUACAUCAUACCUCUAUUAGCAAUGUAUGUAACACAACAUUGAGACCAACUGAGUUAUUAUGAGGAUGUAUUAUCCUAUUACAAUGUGAGAGGAGAUUGCAUUCCUAACUCGGUUGUUCUUGUCAGUAAAGUGACAUGCAAAGUCACUAGCUGUGAUGUUAUUUAAAGGAUCACUAUAGAGUCACGAACACAAACGUAUUCCUUACCCUAUAGUGUUAAAACCACCAUCUGGGCCCCUCAUGCCUCCAUAAAUAUAGCAAAAUCUUACUGUAUUCAAGCCUGAAGCUGUAAGCUGUAACUCUGCAUGCUGUUUUACCCCUGGGGUGGAGCAUUUGGAGAGAAGGGUGGGCCAAUGCUCCACUCCACAGUUUAGUGGUUUUCUGGGGAGACAUAGAUCCAGGCCAGGGUUUUUUGGACCGUCUCCAACCCACUGCUCAGGUGCAGUUAAUGAGCUAUUGUAGUGGUAAUAAGCCCCUCCCUGCUAGGCAGGUAAAGGAGAGGGAUUGCUGGCUUCCUCCCAGGAAGCAGGUAGGAGAGAGAGGCUGUUCUCUCCAGAUAGUCAAGGAGACUAGGCACUUGGAGUGCAGAAAGGAAGCAGUCAGGGCAAGACUGGCUUGGAGCACUGGGAGUGCAGAUAGGAAAGCAGUCAGGGCAAGGCUGGCUUGGAGCACUGGGAGUGCAGAAAGGAAAGCAACAGGUUAGAUAGCAGAGCGUUGCUCUCUAAUAAGGUUGGUGCAAGAUUGUGUUUGGUUUCUAUGAGUGGAAACAGAGAGCUGAAAACCCUGAAGCAGUAAGGCUGUUUAUGUUUAUGUUUAUGUUUAUGUUUAUGUUUAUGUUUAUGUUGAAAAAUGGACAAGCCAUCCAACCCAGUUAGCUGAUUAUUUUGUUUAGUUAGUGCUCAGAAGAGCAAGGCUUUUGUUUGAUAUAUUUUUGUUACCUUUAUACCUUACUGUGCAUUUAUUUUGGAACCUCAAUAAAAGAGCAAGUCAGUUUACCUCAUCCAGCGUGUGAAGUGUCUCUAAAGCCUGAAAAGACUGUGUGUAACACCCCAAUCCCAGGACAAGGUACCAAGGGAAAGGAGUACUUUUGUCACAUAUGGUGGAGAAUGCGGGCAGCACACGGCAAAGUCUGUAAGUAGGGAGAAAGAGACUGCUGAGAAAAUGGAGGAUGUCAUGAAAGCUUUGCUCCAGUCCACUGCUGUACAGCAAGAGACAAACAGGAGGACUGCAGAGACUAAUGCAAUACAGCAAGAGAGCAUUUCAAUACUGCAGCAGCUUGUACUGGCUCAAAAGGAAAAUACAGAUGCUUUAUUCAAGCAAGUUGAAGCAACACAGGCAGCAGCGCAUCAAGUGCUCAGAGAGGAGCAGCAGCGUGCCACAUGUGUCAUACAGCAGGAGAUCCAGAGUCUAUCACAAAGGCUGGCCAGGGAUGCCACAGACCUACCACAAUGUCCAAAGGUGAUCACAGUGAGUCCCUACUUGCAAAAGAUGGUAUCCACAGAUGAUGUAGAAGCCACCUAUGUACACCCAAGUGAACAAGUCAAAGGCAUGAAAAGCAGACUGACUUGGGGAGUCAAAGAAGACAACAGCAGAGGAGCUGAGCAAAAUGGAGAGAAGCAAGGCACCCCAAUUGAGUAUAACAAUGCGGUGCACUGUUUAGUAGCAGAGGCUACCCAAAAAUGGCAACCAGCUGUUGGACAGUUUGGCAGAGAAAAGCAAGGCAGAGAAGUAGUGGCAAAACGAAGUCAAAAUAAGAAAGGCAAAGUAGCCGCUUCUGAUCUAAGCCAAGAGAGAGCGACAGUUACAGAACCAAGCUGUGAUGAUAAGAUGGGCACGUCCGCAGCUAAGCCAGACCAAGGCGAACGUCACAAAGUAGGUGACAUUGGCAUAGCAGAAUUAAAUAUUUCAGAGACACCUGGUAUAGCUACAAAGACUGUGAAUGAUUGUUCGGGAGCCGUAGAACUGGAACUGCUGGCAAAGACUACUGCUACAAGGCCUGGGCGCACUGACUACCUGGAACAGCUGCCAGAUUCUGGGAACACAGUCAUGGAAUUAAAGGCGGGACUCGGACUGCCUGACCGGCUGUUUGAUACCGGGGCUAUCAUGAUCCAGCGAGAGGCCAUGACUGCGUCUCUGGACACCCCCAAGGGAACAGGGAGACCGCCAGACAGCCCAGAGGAACGAAUUGCUGACAUUGAGAGGUGGCCACUCAAGGCUGAGCAAGCAGAGGAUACCCCUGGGGAGGAAACCAGGCAAAGGAAAGAUGAGCUACGCAGGGAGUCUGGGCCUCCGGCACAAGAACAGUGCUCCAUACGAGACCAGACUGAGAAAGAACUCAGAUGCUUCAAUUGCCAUAUGCAAGGACAUAUUGCAUAUAACUGUCCUGAGAGUGAAGAGCCAAUACAAUGUGACAUAGGAAUAAUGGCUCUGCAUAGGAUUGUAUUGACUUGCUUAAAGAUGUGUAUGGUGACUGGUGGUGGUGUUACAGCACAGCUAAAAGUGGUGAUGGUGGUAGGGAAGAGUGCACAAGCACUGAUAGAUUCAGGGAGUGAGGUUACUUUGAUGAAAAGUGUUCUGUUCCUGCCAGAGUAUGCAGCUGCCUACCUUGAUGUGGUGUUUAACAGGGUGGACUGGGUAGCACACCUGAUGAAGGUCCGGUUAGUUGUGAUUAAUGUAAAGGCUGCCGGUUUGACCGCUAACACUGCUAACUAUUUGGGUUUUCCACUUGGGUGGGGGCUCCUUAAACUACAAGGGAGCAAGGUAGCAGCCAUCUGCAAUAGGCCACUUCCUGUAACUGAGAAGCUAGUCAGGGCUGGUAGAGGCCUAGGUGUUAUGAAUGUUCACGGUUUGUGUUCUAAGGCCGCUCGACCCGAUGGGUCUGAGCUGGGGAGGAGGAUAUGUGAUAAAGUGAAGGCAGAUAGGCCUUUUAACCCCAGGGGGAGUAUGUGUAGGAUGUGUUGUAGGCAACACAAAAUGCUGUUUAGUUAUGGGCCCCUGGGGUGGAGCAUUUGGAGAGAAGGGUGGGCCAAUGCUCCACUCCACGGUUUAGUGGUUUUCUGGGGAGACAUAGAUCCAGGCCAGGGUUUUUUGGACCGUCUCCAACCCACUGCUCAGGUGCAGUUAAUGAGCUAUUGCAGUGGUAAUAAGCCCCUCCCUGCUGGGCAGGUAAAGGAGAGGGGUUGCUGGCUUCCUCCCAGGAAGCAGGUAGGAGAGAGAGGCUGUUCUCUCCAGAUAGUCAAGGAGACUAGGCACUUGGAGUGCAGAAAGGAAGCAGUCAGGGCAAGACUGGCUUGGAGCACUGGGAGUGCAGAUAGGAAAGCAGUCAGGGCAAGGCUGGCUUGGAGCACUGGGAGUGCAGAAAGGAAAGCAACAGGUUAGAUAGCAGAGCGUUGCUCUCUAAUAAGGUUGGUGCAAGAUUGUGUUUGGUUUCUAUGAGUGGAAACAGAGAGCUGAAAACCCUGAAGCAGUAAGGCUGUUUAUGUUUAUGUUUAUGUUUAUGUUGGAAAUGGACAAGCCAUCCAACCCAGUUAGCUGAUUAUUUUGUUUAGUUAGUGCUCAGAAGAGCAAGGCUUUUGUUUGAUAUAUUUUGUUACCUUUAUACCUUACUGUGCAUUUAUUUUGGAACCUCAAUAAAAGAGCAAGUCAGUUUACCUCAUCCAGCGUGUGAAGUGUCUCUAAAGCCUGAAAAGACUGUGUGUAACACCCCAAUCCCAGGACAAGGUACCAAGGGAAAGGAGUACUUUUGUCACAAUAUAUAUAUAUAUAUAUAUAUAUAUAUAUACACACACACACAAAAGACUUAUUCAACUAAAGAAAAACACAGCCAGUUAUUACAAGGGGUCCCGUAGGGGGGCCCAGAGUGGUUGUGGCAUCUAUAUAGUGCCUGACGCAGAGCGCCACGCAGAGUGACUGUAUUUUCGGAAAGUAAGGGUAGAAUACGGAGGAAGAAUUAGUCUUUGUUCGUCUGGUGAUGUGCCUUCAGGCGAGAAGACUACUGCGUGGAAAUCAAAUGCUCGAAUAUCAGAGACCCUACGGAAGGAUACCAGACAUAGGAGUAAGGCCAAUUUGGCUGAGAGUUGACGUAGCGUCAAAUUCCCAUUAGAGGGCCAGGAUUCUAGAAGGGAAAAAACCUGAGUGACAUCCCAGAAACAGGAGUAUUUAGGAAGAGGGGGUCUGGCUAGCCUGAUCCCUCGUAAAAGUCUACAGACUGAAGGAUGUUUUCCUAUUGAUGCAUUGUCAAUAGGGUUGUGGGCUGCAGAAAUAGCUGAUCUAUAAACAUUAAUUGAACGAUAGGACUUGCCUUGAUCAAAUAGGGUAGACAGAAAAUUUAGGAUGAGCGUCAGAGGUGCUGAAAAGGGAUCGGUAUCCCUUCCCAAACACCAGCUGACCCAUGUCUUCCAUGCAGCGAGGUAAGCUCGUGUAGUGCCUGGGGCCCAGGAGUCCCAUAGGAGAGCCUGAGUUGUCUCCGAAAGUCCUGAGACAUUCCAAGAUCCCUUGAAACGGUCCAAGCUACAAUUUGGAGCCGGUUCUGAAGGGCGAGUGGGUGACCGUGCCCUGCUGGGUUCCUGAGGAUGUCGGGGGAUCGAGGUAGUAGAAUUGGACAAUUCACAGACAGUUCUAACAGGGUUGGAAACCAAGUCUGGGCUCUCCUUAGUGGAGUGACAAUGACUAUCGUCACUACUAGGGCUUUGACCCGGUAAAGGGUGCGUUGGAUCAUGGAGAAAGGUGGGAACGCAUAAGCUCCUGUCUCCGGCCAAGGAUGUAGAAAGGCGUCGACUGCCCAUGACUGGGUGUUUGGGAGCCAGCUGAUAAAGGCCUCCGCCUGGCGGUUCAGACGGGAUGCAAACAGGUCCAGUGUAAGGGGCCCGCGAAGGCAAUGAAUUUGAUGGAACAAGCGGGGGUCCAAUUGCCAGUCGGUUACAUACCUCCAAUGGUGAGAGAACCAAUCUGCGACUAGGUUGUCCGUGCCCGGAAGAUAUUCCGCUCUGAUGGAUAAAUUCCGCUCUAGGCAGAAUUGGUAGAGAUCAUUGGUAAGGUCGGAUAGUACCUUGGAUCGUGAGCCUCCUACCCGAUUCACAUAGCGCACUGCAGAGACGUUGUCCAUGCACAGUACUAGUGAACAAUUGAAACAGUCUUUUGCGAAACUGCGAAUCGCGAAUGAUCCUGCAAUCAAUUCCAGACAAUUGAUGUGCAGUGCUUGUUCGGAGGGGGACCAUAGUCCCUCGGUGGAUCCUUUGGCGCACGUGGCGCCCCAUCCCAGGAGACUGGCAUCGGAUUCCAGAAUGAAAUCUGGUUGUGAUCCGAAGAUGGCUUUGCCAUUCCAGGCUUCCAUAUUGUGGAGCCACCAGUAAAGUUCUAUAUGAACUUCGUCUGUCAGGUAGAUGUACUGAUCGUAAGAGGUGGAACGGUGUAGGUAAUAUGUCUUGAGCCGUUGCAUGGCUCGGUAGUGUAAAGGUCCUGGGUAAAUGGCUUGGAUAGAGGCAGACAGUAGGCCUAUAGUAUGGGCCAGAUCACAUAAGCGAAUCUGAUGGGCUGAUAAAAAUUUGCGAAUGUCUUUUUUUUUUUUUUUUUUUUAUGAUUUAGAUUUUUGCAGAGGGUGGAUGUAAAAUUGCCUGUACGGAAUCUAUCAGAAAACUGAGAAACUGAACCUUUUGGGAAGGUUCCAGGGCUGACUUCUGGAAAUUUAUUACAAAACCAAGGUUUUGUAGUAAGACCGUCGUCAUGUCCGUGAGUUGGCGUAAGAAGUCUGCGUCUUGUGCCAUUAUCAGGAUGUCGUCCAAGUAUAUGAUGGACCGAAUCCACUGUGAUCGGAGUAGCACCAUCACUGGUUUAAUCAGUUUCGUGAAACACCAUGGUGCGGAGCAUAGUCCAAACGGGAGGCAUGUGAACUGCCAGAUUUCCUCUUGCCAGAGCAAUUGAAGGAAAGCUCGAUGGUUGCGAGCAAUAGGAACUGUGAGGUAUGCGUCUUUGAGAUCGAAUCUGGUGAACCAAUCUCCCACGCAAAGGAGGUCCCUGAGCAGAUGGAUGCCCUCCAUCUUGAAGUGGCGAUACCUGACAAAGUGAUUCAGGUUUUUCAAGUUGAUAAUUGGGCAUAGGUCUCCAGUUUUUUUUGUGGACCAGAAAAAUGUUGCUGAGAAAUGUAUGUGGGAACGGGGAUUUUUCUAUUGCCCCUUUUUUUACUAGCUUGUGCAGUUCGGUUUGUAGUGUCAGGUUGUAAGAUGCAGACAUCUGUAGUGGUGUAGGUGGUGUGUCUUGGAAAGGGGUGGAAAGGAAAUCUAUUUUGAACCCCUGGACUGUGUAUAGGAUCCAUAGAUCCUGAGAAAGUAAUUCCCACUGUUGGAAAAAACUGUUUAGUCGACCUGCUAUAGGUACAUUGAAAAAAGGGAGAUUGAUUACCUGGAGCAGUUCUUCCGCGUAGGGAGGCAGAUCCACGUCCCCGGAUAGACCCUCUAUUAAUGAAUAGUUGCCUGUGGUAGGGUCGGGGUUGUCCCGAUUGCCAAUAGUUCUCCGAAGGGCGAGGCCUGUAGCCUGUAAAGGCAACUCUGCUGUUCGUUCGGCCUCUAUAACGUCCAGCUCUCCCAGAAAAACGACCUGACUGAGAACGAAAAACCCUGCACAAGGAGGAUUGGGCCUUAUUUAGGGUGGUGAACACCGCUACAUGUUUGGAAAGAUCCCUCAUGAACGAGUCUCCAAACAGUAAUCCAUUUGCCUCUGGUCCCAGUUCUCGGGAGCUCAGAUCGGCUAAUUUUGCAUCUAGCUUGUAUAGUGCCGCCCUGCGUCUCUCAGUGGACAUAGCCACAUUUGCGUUGCCUAGGAAACAUAAGGCUCUCUGGGCCCACUCUCUGACUGUGUUUGGGUUGAAUUCCCCACUAGAUAAAGCUUCGUCCACUAAUAUGAAAAUUUGAAUUAUGGGGCCAGCGAUGUCCAGGAGUUUAUCCUGGGCUGUCUUAAGACCCUGCUCAAUGCCCUUGCGAGGGUCUUUCCCUGUCUUGGUGAGAAAAGUGACAAAUAGUGGGUCAAAGUCUGGCGUGAGAGCCACUUUGUUUGGAAUGGUUGGUCGAGGGCACUCAGCUCUGAGUUUUGCCCUGAUUUCUUUUUCAAGUGGUUUGCGUAACCACAUCUUACAGAAGUUAGAAACAUGGUCUGGUGGGGCCCAUUCUGCCGACCGUGGAUGUCUGAUGACCCUGGGGUCAAACAAAGGGACACCCGAAGCAUCCAGAAGGAUGUCUGAAUCGGGUCCUUUCUGUAUAGGUGUUUUUGCAUCUGUGUCUUUGUGUGAUAAAAGUCUCCUUGACAAAUUCCGAUGGGGUAUCCCCUAGCGCAAUCGCCGAGGGGUCCUCAUCAGAAUAUCCAAGGUAAUAAUCUUCAACCCCGUCUUCCUCGUGGUAUGUAGAACCCUCUAAGGGGUUGGAAUUGGCAUGAGCGUGGCGAGUGGCAGUCAAUUUUUGGGACGUGGCAGGAGCCUUACCCUUGCCCACAGACCUACUGUCCCCUUUCCAUGGGCGCUUGCGUGAAACUGAGCCGCGGACUCCUGGGAAAUUUUUUUUUAAACCUUUUCAAUGCUACCUGUCCUGCAAGAGAGGAAAGGGUAGCUACCCAUUUGUAAUGUCUACCGCUUUGAAUUUUUUGGGUAUUUCUCCUGCUUUUAUCACAAUUUUUCUACAAGUGACAUGCAUUUGUUGUGUCUUUAAUUGUAUUAUCUAAGCUGAAUUUUAUUGAUUUGCACUAUGUAUCAUUUUUUUGAGGGGGGGGGGAGAAGGGUUAUUUUGACAUAAAGAUAUACAUUCUCCCCCUUUGGUAAUGCAGGCGGAUGCAUGGGCUUAGACACACAAAGUUGGCUAGGCACAGUGCGGUAGCGUCCACAAUGUUUUUUACUGUUAUGUUAUUUCUUAAUAAUCACUAGUAAUUUGUUCCACGCAUUCCGUUUACCACAACUGCCUCUAGGAGGAACGCCUUGUUUGGCCUAACAACGCCUAAGUUUAACAAAGGUACGCCACCGUGGCACCCUCUUAUAAUGUAAACCGACCUUUUCAUAUAGACACGCAACGAGACAGCUACCUUCCCCCUUCCCCAUGGCCCCAUAGGUUAGGGGGCAUCAUUAUCCAGAUCAGGAGUUCUAACCCAAUUACAAAGCUACUCAUGGUCUAGACCGUAACUCGCUCAGAGACAAAGAUCAACGCCGUUACUACUUAACGUUCUCUUACUCCUAUGCUCUUCUAGCUAAAGAAAAAGGGCUAUUUCACAAAAGAUGUUAAAACUCAUGUAUAACCGCAAUGUUCUUAUCGGGAAUGUCUUUUGCUUUGUUCAACUACAUUGAAUCACCCGAACAAAAUAAAGAAUUAAAAAAAUAUAUAUAUACAUUCUAUGGUUAUGUUAAAGUAAAGCAGUACAAUUUAUUGGCAUAAGUAUUUUUAAUAGGAUUUCUGCACCACUUUGGUACAUUUUUGAGUAGAUUUAUGUCACACAAUUGGGUGGUUGGCACAUAUGCUAAUUUUAACCUAUUAUUGCACCGUAUUCUGUGAUUGCACAUUGAUUUUGAUUAUUUUUAGCAAUUAAAAUUUGUGCAUCAGCCCUACUAUUUUUAGAAAAAAAUGUCUAGAAAUACUCACAGUGGCCACACUACUGGUUUACGCUAAAUCAUGCAUUUUGCAGGGGGUUGAGGGGGAUGGGGGUUAAAAACAUUUUAAUUUCUGUUAUUCCAACAUAAUGUUCAUACCUUUAUUAAUCUGUUUAUAAGGGGCACAGGGUAUUGACAUGUGCCUUUUAAGCACAUUGUCUUUAAUAUUAUUGUAUUUAAUUCUUACCAAAGUGACAUAACAUUCUUAUCAACGUUUUCCUUUGAUAGAAUAUUACUUAUAAUGUAGUAAUGAAAUAGAUACUACUUGGUAUGAAGGCUGGUUACAUAGAUACACAGCUGAAAAGAGACUUGCGUCCAUCAAGUUCAGCCUUCCUCGCGUAUGUUUUUACUGUUCCAAAAGAAGGCAAAAAAAAAUCCCAGUCUGAAGCGCUUCCAAUUUUGGAACAAACUAGGAAAAGUUCCUUCUUGACCUCAAAAUGACAGUCAGAUAUCUCAUUGGAUCAAGCAGCUGUUACCACACUAAUUAGAAAUUAUAUCCCUGUAUGUUAUGUUUUUGGAAGUAUUUAUCCAAUUGCUGUUUAAACAUCUGUAUGGAAUCUGAUAAAACCACCUCUUCAGCCAGAUAAUUCCAUAUCUUUAUAGUUCUUGCCGUAAAAAAAACCUUUCCUUUUCCUUAGAUUAAAUCUUCUUUCUUCCAGCCUAAAUGCAUGCCCUCAUGUCCUAUGUAUAGCCCUGUUUAUGAAGAGAUUUCCAGAUAAUGGUUUGUACUGGCCCCGACUAUAUUUGUAUAAUGUUAUCAUAUGCCCUCUGAGGCUCCGUUUUUCCAAACUAAAGAGAUUUACUUUUUUCUGCUUUCUGAAUGUACAUCAAUGUGUUUCUUUUUAUUGUACAGCCUCUGACCUACCUAACGGAAAUGGCAACACUGCUCCAGGAUCAACCACAGCACCUGCUCACCCAGCCAGUGGACGUAUCACACGUAGUCAACCCAACCAUUCCGGCUCGGGAGCUCCCAACUCAGUCAGCAACGGCAAAGAGACACGUCGAACAGGAAAAAGAUAGCAACUUUCCUCCCCUCACCCAUAUCAUAUCAGAGCCUCAGUUUCCCCUUUCUUACAAAGGGCAAGUGAAGAGCAUCCAGAUAGAUAGUUUUACCUUUCACUCUUACCAGAUCGAGGCACAUUUAUGUCUGCACAAGUUACUGGUCACAAGAGGUGCAGGCGGUCCUGUGUUCAGAUGGAUCUUUGAAUAUCAAUUGUAACUAGAGUCAUUGAGAGCCUUAAAUGAUUACAAAACCUUGGUGCAAAGUCAGGCAUAUGGAAGUUUAAAAGAUACAGAGGAACUACUGCAGUGUAGGCCUUGGAAUUGCCUUUGGGUAAUACAUUUUAAAUUAUUUUAGUAUUGUAUCCAAUUACAGGAAAUGGAAUUCAAAGGAAAACUAACCAGCAUGCCUAUUCAUGGCUUUAGAGCUUGGCAUUUUACUAUGGUAGAAUUGUGUUGUUUGUGACAAAUGAAGCAAUGAUUUUAUAUACUGUAUAUGAUACAUUUUUAUAAUAGCAGCUGUCAUUUGCACAAGUAUCCACGUACAUCAUAUUGAAUAUGUGUACAAAAAACAACAACUAAACAUUAUAUGGAUCUUUUUAGGAUGUUAGCAAUGGUUGAAAAUACAGCUAGGCAUUUUAAUAAUUAUUCUCAAGCACCAAAUGUAUCCAUUAUGAAUACUUAAUUGUUUACAUGGUAAAUCCAGACUAGUUCAAAAAGACAAGAUACGUUCACUUGUACAUCAUUAUGUAACCGAGAUCUGAGACCAUAUUGUUUUAUGGCACUUGUGAUGGGGGAACUUUACUGUCUCACUGAUUUGUGGGUUUGUCUAAAAACUGCUGUGAAUUGUAAUGUAUGCAAGGAAAAAUGUCUUAAUUUUUACUCCUAUGCCUUCCAAUGAGGUUACUGGACCUUACUUGCUAAAUAAUGACUUCUUAGUCUUUGUGUUGAUCCAAAUUAUCAUCCAGAGUUAGCUGGAAAACCAAAUCUAUACUUCUAUUGAAUUGGACAUUUAAUAGUUUUUCCCACUGGGGCUGUUAUGUCCUUUUGCAGCUCUGUUAUCUGUUAGCUCUGUUAUCUCUGUUAUCAACUUGUUAAUAAAAGUUGUUUUUUUAGUGGCUAUAGAGCCACCAUACACAAGCUGCUCCACAAAAAAAAACAAGCUGAGCAGAGUUGCCUUGGGUAUGUCUGUAUAGUUGGAAAUCAUGAGUAUACUAAAAACCCCACUUCCCACUUUCUGUAGUAUUACAAGGUAUUGUGUAUUUAAUACACAAUAUUCAAUAAAAAAAAUGUUUUUGCUUUUUUCCAACUAAUGUUCUUAAAAUGAUAUAAAUUAUUUUGAGCUAAACCAUUUCCGUAAAACAACAUUGGCAAGUAAUAGCUCUAUAAUUCACAGAUAUUUGUAGCACUGUGUCACUGACAUACGAGAUUAUCUGCAAUUGUCAAUCCACACUUUUCAACAUCUGAACAGUCUACUCAAUGGUAUAAACUAAGCAACCUCAUAAUGACAAAAUACUGUCAUGUUAUUAUUUAACCAAAGAGGAAGAACUCUGCAUUCAUACUAUUGUUAAUCUAAAUCAUAAAAUAUUGAUUACAUUAAAAAUAUAAUCAAAAACGUCUAGAACCCCUUAGAAUGUAUCAUAAUAUGAUUAUUGUACAGAUCUAAAGGUAAUAGAAAUAUAAAAAAAACUAUUAGUUAACUGGCACCAAAGUAGCCUAAUCAGUAGCAGCAAUGUAAAUACUGAGUGGAAUUAACUCCCCGUAAGGUCUAAUAUAGGCACUCAAAUGAAGUGUGGGUCCUGGAGAAGAAUAAAGUAGAGGUGCUGGUAUAUAUUCAAAUGGCGUUCCUCUUGAUAGAGCUACUUAAAUGUACGUGCAAGAUGAAUACUCCGCCUGACCAAACAUAUGAAACACUCUGAGAAUGAAGCAGGAUGCCCUCGGCAUACUGACAAGCCAACGUCUACACGUUAAGCCAGCUCUGGAGUUUUUUCGCUCACUCUUCAGGUUUUAACCCUUUAUAUGGAUGGAUCAGCACUUAGCCCUAUCCUUGAAAACACUUGUUGUGCCAUCAAUCAUAGGAUACAAUGCAAAUAUGAGCUGAACAUAGUAAAACCAAACAGGAAUACACAACUGAAUUGUGACAAAUAAAGCUAAAAAUAGUAAAGCAAUUUGCCAAUAAUAUAACAAUAAAAACCAACAAAACUUUGUUCUCUAUUACUACAAUGUUAAACUGAAUCCCAAGAAUCAGUGUUCUCAAUAAUAUGUUUGCAAGUAGAACACUUCACUGAAUUACAUCUCAAAGUACCAGAUGCCCAAAAUUCUCAGGUGCCAUGAUAUUAUAAAUAUUCUUGGGUUUCCUAUAAGUUAUUCUUCAAUAUUCAAACAGAGAUAGACCUAACCAUUUUUUAACCUUUUUAAUAUUAGCCAGUAUUUAUACAAAAUGUACUAAAAAAUUUUUAUAUGCCACAUUAUAUUUUGUAAGGUGUAAGGCCAGGAUCCAAACUCCCUCUUGUGUGUUUUGCUGUGUUAAAUAAAUUCUAAUCUAUCUGA